CAGAGCCGUGCAGAUGAGAAAAAGAUGCAGGAAAUUCUCUUGUUUACUCCUGUCUGUAACACUGAGAAGCAAGAACAGCUCCUCAAACCCACAGGGUAAGGGGUGUUUGUCUCUUUAUAUCUCUUUUUUAAAAACUGAUGUUGUCAGUUGUUUGUGACAGAAAUGAAGAGAAGAUAGGAGAGUGGUGCAAGUGAGGGAGAAGAUUUUGAAUGUAUUAUUAAACUGGACUUAACUAGAUUUCAUCUCCCAUUUGUUUCAGCUCUCUUGGUAAUAACUUUUAUGGCAUUAUAUUAAAUUAUUUUUAAUGUUUAAAAUUUGAAGCAUGCUCAAUUACUCUCAGUGUUUAUUUAAUGUGCCUGGCAAAAUUUUCAUCCCUUUUAUGUUUUAGGUAUUAAGUACUUAAUGUUUAUGCACAGGCAAUAGCAACCUAGAAUGCUAUAAAUGUAUAUAUAACAAAAUAUGUCACACAGUUCUUUUUACCUCCGUUGAGUAGAAAAAAGUGUUAGCAUGUAGGAUAGCUUAUGAUAUUCAAUGAAUGUUGCUCAUAUUCUGAUCUCUUUGGACUCUGGCACUUUGUUAGGACACCGUGCAGGCAGGAUGUUUUUAGCUUAAAAUGUGCAGCAUGUAAUUCUAAAAAUCCUGAUGGUCUUUUGAAAAAUUACUAUAGGCAGACUGUUUCUCUGUUUUUUAAAAUUGUUUCCUUUUUAAAAAGGCUGGUUUCAGCAAUUCAAAACAACAACAAACAAACAAACAAAACAAAACAACACGCUCACCUGACUGUGAGUAGAAAGGGUUGCUGUUUGCUUUUGGAUCUUUGAGAAUAAGCUGUUGACACCAGGAGGCAAAUGAUAGCUAGCAAAAGUUACCAUUGAUGCCGCAUAAUAGAAAUUUGGUUUACCUUGAUAUAGUAGGGCAGAAUUGCAAAGCAGAGGCAAAGGCUGUUUCCUGAAAGUUUCAAAUGUCCCUGCUGAUGUAGUGCAACACAAUUAAAUUGAUGCAAUAACAUGAACAGAGCUAUCGCCCCGAACUGAAUGAGAAUACAUCUGUUGGUGGCAUCAGCAAAAGUCUGACCAGGAAAUUCCUUCAGUGACACUCUCCCACAAUAUAUUCCAUAUUAUCCAUAAACCAUUUGGGCCAUAUUGCAAGUUCUUUCAGAUUUUCAGAGGCAGCCGUACUCUUUCCUCAAAUCCUAGGUUGAUAGAUAAUUUGUCAUUUACAUGCCUGUUGGGAAAAUGCAGUGCUCAAAUAACCCUGUCUCAUAAAUCCUGAACCCCCUCACUUGGGGAGAAGGGCAGGGGGAGAGCAGCAGCCCAGUUUCAAAGAUCUUACAUUGCUUUUUAGGUUUUGCAAGCUUCCAGGAAAGAGGAGUUUCGCAAUAUUCUGGAGCAGCUGUAGAGAACAUGUCUCACAUUCUCAGAUUUAGUAAAUGGAUGCCAUUAUCAUGUCCUCGGAGAACAGUAAAAGCCCCGGUGGUUGUCAAGCGAUGAUGAAAUCUUUUUGAUACGUUGCAAAUAAAUAAAUAUUUAUAGGGGAAGAUCAGAUCCAUAGCUUAUGCCAAGACAAAUAUUGGAAGGCACUGCUGGGUCUGGAACACAGCUUCACUGCCUUCCUAGCAAAUUACCAUUUCGAUAGGAGGAUUUGACUGAUUAUUCAGUGCAUACAGUGUGCUGUACAACCAUAUUAAGGGCAAAAAAAAAAAACAUAGUGGAAAUGGAUGCAUAUGGGGUCCCCCCAUAAGAUGAUGGCCAUAACUUGCUCUAGAGGUUUCAGGGCACUUGAUACCAGAUCACUGCUGCAGAGUUCUUUUGUCUGCAGAUGAUACUGUAGUACACUAAUGUGCUGUUUUCCUUGGAAGAUGGAUUGGGACAGAGGCUGCCUGGCUCACUGGUUGCUCAUUUUUUUUCUUUUAAAUUGGUUGCCUUUCUCCAUACCAUCAUGUGUUGGAGGGGGGCCUGGUAGGAAAUUUAGUCCAAGAUGAUUCUUGAUGCAGAAAACUCUAAGCAGAACGGCCCCAACAAAUGGCGCUCCAGCCUGUGAUCUCCAGUAAGGAUCCCAGAUCAUCAGAGUGUGUGGGCCAAAUAACUGGGCGAUUUGGGUGGGAUCUUCUCUCCCCUUUUGAGUUGAAGCCACCUCGUGUCAGAUCAGGGCUCCCACAAGAGGUCUCUUUUGCCUUGUUUCUCUGACCUUCACCAUGUCUAUGUUUUCUUCUAUCUGAUGUUUCUCCGGCUCCCUGAGUUUUGCAAGAAGUGAACUUUCUUGUCUGUGAAGCAUUGAAGAGUUCUGGAUUUUUAUUUUCUUAAAGCACAGAAGCAGGUUUUUUUAAAAAAAAGAGUUAGAAGCUUCAUUUGAGGUAUUUUUGUUUUGUUUUUUAAAGAAGAAUCUAUGUUGCUCUGCAUUAACCAAACAAACCUAGAGCUCUUCAGAACUCUGCAGGGAACACGUUUGACAGACUCAUGUUGUAAGGCAUAUCAGCAGACACACACAAGCACCAGAAAAUCAGAACUGGCUGGUGGAACGGUAACUCAGAAAUUCAGUUGCAUAUAUAUUCUGCACUUCUGGUAUCACAAACAACAAAAAUGGUAUAGCACUGUAAAAAUACUGAAGACGGAUUUCCAGGGUGUGAAUAGGAAAUUUAUCCUGUAUUGUACACAUAUCAAAAUAAUGAAAUAACUCCUCUUUUUAUAUAUGAAGCCCAAGCAGUUGUGUUUCACACAUCUGUUUUACCCAACACUUUUGAUUUACUGCCAGGACUAUUUCAUCUCACUGUAGCUGUAAGCAUAUGUCUCAGUACAUUUCCCUUUUCGGGUAGAGCAUAUGAUUUAAAAUGCAGUACUCGACCUGCUAGUUACUUAACAGAAUGUCACUUCUUCAUGCAAUCACUUUCCCUUAACGCAUCAAAUUAUUUACUGUUGAUGAACCUGUCUUCUGCUAAUCAGACUUGACACCAUGUUGAACGACAUAUUUGAAAGGAAGGAAAACUCACUGCAUUUAUAUUUGAGUUGGAGGUUGGAAAAAGUCCUCUCUGUAGAGAAAAAAGCUGUGUGGAGGAAAAUGGUGUAUGUUAGUGUCCAAGUUCAGUCUGGUUUUGAUCGGUGGAAGAGUUCGUCGUAAUUGGAGAAGGUGCGAGGAACAGUACAACUACUUCCGAUAUCUGAUUUGGACUGACCUCUUAUAUGACUGUAGGCCAGCAUACAGGCCUGGUUUUUGUAGGGCAGUUUUUCUCUUGCUUUACCUUUGUUUAACCUUUAAUAAUUGCCGGUGAUGUAAGAAAACAGUUAUUUCUGAAAUCUUUUGCUCAGCUGGCCUGUGAUGAAAAUGUAUUUUUGCUAUGUAGUGCCAACAAAAUGGCAUUAUCGUUACAUAUGCUUGGAAUGGGUCACCUGGAAAAGUAUAAUGGGGGAAAGCAGAUGUGAGUUUCAGACUAAUAUUUCCCCACACUGAAUAUGAGAUGCUAAACAAACAAAAAUGGUAUCUUGAUCCAGCAAUAUAGAAUAGGAUCCAAAACAGUCGUGAAAUCUGGUUCCAUAUUUUGGUGGAAUUUCCAUUGGAUUCAGUGGACCCUUUCCCCAAAUAAGUGAUCAUAGGAUUGCAGUUUUACUUCCAUAAACCUUUUCUACAAAUCUAUGCUUAGAACUUGGGUUGGAUAGAAAGUGAAGCUUGAAGAGUUAGUUAGCUUAGUUUUUCUCUGAGUAAACCCAUUGAAAUGGAUAUAUUUAGGUUCAUUAAUUCCAAUGAGUCUGCUCUAUAUUAAACCUUAGUUUGCAUACAAGUCGUUGUCCCAAGAGGAGAGGGAAUAACUCUAGGCAAGUGAUAUCUAGCUUGGGGGGCUCAUUUCACAAACCUAAUGAUAUGCAGAUUGAUUCUAUAUUAGAUUUGUAAUAGAUUGAGAAUUUUCAAGUCCUAGUGGCUUACCAGAUGUUCCUUUUAAUGCUUACAGGUUUCCAAUUUCAGAUAAUAUCAGAAUUAGUUUAAUUCAAUAACAAGUUGCUGGAUGAACACGAGCCAUUUACCUCCUGCCAGCUGUAUAUUCUCUCUAAUUCACUUAUAGUUGCCUCCCCCUGAAAAAAUAUUUUUUUUCCUUUACUUUCUUGCCCUAAAAAAAAUAAAAAUAAACAAACUAUGGGUGACAGCCAACCCCCCAAGUGGCUUCUUUCGAAAGCAGCUUGUGCAUAAUACAUUCAGAUAUAGAUGCUGUUGGAUUCAUAUUUCAGAAAAUUUCUGAACACUACCUGUUUUCAGAAGGAUUCUGCCAUGCAAAUGUUUCCUUUUGAGAGUGAACUUUAGUAAUUUUUUCUAUUAUACUUCCUUCAAAGAGCUCCAAGUGGCUUACAGGUGACUCCCAGGUAGUCUUUCAUUGAGGCAUUUGAAAUGGUGAGACCAGCUUCAGCCUGAGAACUGUGUCACGUAUCUUCAAAUCCCUUUAUCUAAUACCCUACCACAAAGGGGCUGGACCUUUUGUAGCCUGGGGGCCACUUUCUCUCUCUCAUGGAACCCUCUGGGAGGUCAUAUGCUAGCGGUGGGUUGGGCAAGGACCAAAAGUAGAUGGAUCAGUAGGUGUGGCACUUGUACAGCCGGCCAUAUUCCAGCCGUGUAAAAGUCAGAGGUUCCUCCACCUACAGACACAUAUUUCUCCAUUGAGGAAAGCAAGAGGUAUGACCACAGUUCAAGGACACAAUCCAGUCAAGCAAAAACACUUGUGAUAGCAGAACAGGGCUGCUAAGAGGAGAGUUGUGGAUAGGUGGUGUCGUCUAAGGAGGUCACAUGGUCCAAUGAGAGUCCCGAGGGCCAGAUACAAUAUUCUGGAGGGCUACUUUUGGCCCCAGGCCUGAGUUUCCCUACUUCUGCUGAGCCAUAAUAAAGCCUAUGUUCAUGUAAAUGUGAUAAACACUUGUUCUUUUGUCAGUCUACAUCUGUCUGCAACUUUUUCUUCCCUGCACUGAAUGUUAGUUUCUAAGCUACUCAGGUCAGGGGCCUUUUAUUUAAUACUUUGUAAAGUGUCGCCAAGCUUGAUGAUUUAUUUAGCACAGAGAAGGGUUCAGUCCCAAACCCACUGAUGAGGGAUUAAUCCUCAUUGUUCAAAAUGGAACUUUCCUUUCUGAGAAAAGAUUGCACUGUAAAUCUAAUUAAGAACAGUCUUUUGUUUUUAGAAUAAAUUAGAUUUUAUUGUGCUAUGAUGCUCUGUUUUACAACACACACACCCUGAUUACAUACCAUGCCUAUCUAAACAUGUGUUAUUAAGUUAAAUGGGAAGGGAGACAGCUCUCCAAACAGGAGAAUUGACCGGGCUUCUUCCUCCCAGUACUUUUUACCUUCCCUUUACUUACAUUAUGGAAACAACAGCAAGAAGGGUUUUCUUCCCUCAUCCCUUCUCUUUAGUCCUUCAUCAAAGUUGUCAUUGUUCACAUAAAUGAAGGAAAGAUAUGAAUUUAAUGGAAAUAGAUAUACAAAUAAAUUAGUCAUAUUUGCAAGAUAAUCAACUAGACAUUUUAAACUACUUACGAUCGUAUCCUAACAGGAAAUGCAUUUGAUGGUUAAAUUAUGAAACAAUUAGGAAUAUUUUGACUAGUACCUAAUUUAUUUAAGUCUCGUAUUUGCAAGUAAUUACAGUAUAAAUAUGGAAAGUGAAAUAUAUAAAGUCUUUAUAUAUUGAAUGUAUUAAAUCUCAGAAGUCUUCUCUAUUACAGCUUCCAAGUCUUCUGGAAAUAAUUACAAUUUUAUGCCUGGUUUGAGAAGAAAUAUGAAGGAUAGACAACAGCCUUCAAUCUAGUAGUUCAGGACUGAGAAGACCUGAAUAAUGAAAAUAUAUUUCCUGUUUGCAGAAUGCAUUCUGUAGUCCAUCUGGUUCUGCUGAAAGAAUGCUAAUAUAAUAUUAUUUCCAUAGUUUCAAAACAUGCUGGCAGUUCUGUUAUUUUGUUGUAUAGAAUGUGAGAGCACAAUACACCCUGGAUUAUUCACACCACAGUUGAUUUGGGGAAUGGUGCUCAACAGGAAUCAGUUUGGAACCAGUGUCCCAACAUGAAACAGAGUAUGUGACUGUUGGACAACUUGCAAGAAAGCUAGCUCUGUGAUUUUUAGCCAGUGGUAGAGAGACCACCAGUGAUCUGUGCUGUAUUUUCACAUGGUCACUGUGCCCAUUGCAGGAGAGCUGGGAGGAUAGAGGGGAAAGGUAAAGUGUCAAAGAUUUCUUUAACAUUCCAUCUUAUAUCACUAGGACUGUAAAUUAAAAAGCAGUUGUCUCUCCAACUAUACAUGUGGCUGCAGUUAAAAUGUCAAAGAAACCUCUUAUUUUAUUUGUUUGCUUAUUAGUUUCAUUUCUGAACUGCCCUUCAUCCCAUAAACAUAAUAUACAGUAAAACCUAAAACCACCACUAGAACAUUAUACAGAGCAGAAUUAUUCCAAGUAAUUCAGUAAUCACUCUAGUGUUCUGUUCUCUUCCAUUCAUGUCUAUAGCUCAUAUAUCUAUAUACAGUGGUACCUCGGGUUACAGACGCUUCAGGUUACAGACAUCAGGUUACAGACUCCGCUAACCCAGAAAUAGUACCUCAGGUUAAGAACUUUGCUUCAGGAUGAGAACAGAAAUUGAGUGGCGGUGGCGGGAGGCCACAUUAGCUAAAGUGGUACCUCAGGUUAAGAACAGUUUCAGGUUAAGAACGGACCUCCAGAACGAAUUAAGUUCUUAACCUGAGGUACCACUGUCUAACACAUCACAUCAAAAUGUAGAAGUUGAAUUUCAAUUUUGAACUUUUCAAACAUCUAUCUGUGUGGUGACUUUAAGGCAAGAAAAUGCCGUAGACUGCCAAAAAUACGCUAGAAUAGCUGGGAGACAAUGCUAGAAAGCUGCAUGACCCUGGCCUCAUGGCCACAGCAGUCCAGUCCAGGUAAACAACUUCAACACUGUUUAACUGUUCCCCACCACACUAUGGUUUAAGAACUACUGAUCUAGCUUUCUGGAAGCAUGGUGGACACAAAGACCAUUUGGGGGGCAAGCGGAUGAUCCUGCUCAAUAGCAAUACACCUAGGAUUGUAUCCAACGAAGUUGUCCCAUUAGUGCAGAGACUUCCUCCUCUUCCUGUGCCCCACCUUCAGCCCCGACUGAAUUGAGAUUUACUGAAUGACCGGCUUGGGGCUGGAACCAAACCUUGUCAACAAUGUGUACCCCUAGUAUUUUUCAAUAUACCUAAUAUGUGACUUUCUCACACAAAAUGGACAGAACAGGCACAGCAGAAAGAUAUUUAAACAACAUUUUGUAGGGGCACUUUGACCCCUAGCACCUUAUAAGUAUAUUUUCCCCCAGUCAUACCAGUGGGGCAGAAUUGAUCCCAAAAGCCCUAAUAGUGAGCAACCAGCUAUCUAUGAAAUGCUCACAAGCAGGACAUGUGAAUGCAACAGUCUUCUCCCACUUGUAUAUUCCUUGAGUCUAGGGACGAUCCCUUCCUGUCUUUGAGCAUGAGGCUUGGGGCCCCUUUGGGUCUGCAUCACUUGAGAAGCUAGGACAAACCUUUCAAAAAAUCUGAAGAAGUGUGCAUGCACACAAAAGCUUAUACCAGAACAAACUUAGUUGGUCUAUAAGGUGCUACUGGACAAUUUUUUAUUAUUUUUAUUUUGACUUGCAAAAAAAUGUAAGCAUAAGAUCAGACUAACAGUCCAAUGGGAAAAGGGUGGCUAGAAAGAAUUUGAUAUGGGAAGACCACAUGUUAAAGAGAAUGUAUGGCCACUUCAUUACCUCCCUCGUAUCUCCAGUGCCAUUUAAUUAAAAUAUGUGCUGUGACAACAUCAUGCACAAUAUUUUCCCACUUCCCAAAAAUGGAACCCAAUGAAGCAGAGAAGCAUAAGAAAAUUCUGAAUGCAGUAGCAUCAUACAAUGCAUUUUUUAUCGAUGUAAAUCUUACUAAGGAAAAACUGCAGGACAUCUCAGUUGGUGGUGACCUACCCAUUGCUCCAAGGUACCCGGGUGGCGCUGUGGGUUAAACCACAGAGCCUAGGACUUGCCGAUCAGAAGGUCGGCGGUUUGAAUCCCCGUGACGGGGUGAGCUCCUGUUGCUUGGUCCCACCUCCUGCCCACCUAGCAGUUCAAAAGCAUGAAGUGCAAGUAGAUAAAUAGGUACAGCUCCGGUGGGAAGGUAAACAGCGUUUCCAUGCGCUGCUCUAGUUUGCCAAAAGUGGCUUAGUCAUGCUGGCCACAUGACCCGGAAGCUGUACGCCGGCUCCCUUGGCCAAUAAAGUGAGAUGAGCGCCGCAACCCCAGAGUCGGUCACGACUGGACCUAAUGGUCAGGGGUCCCUUUACCUUUACUUUACCCAUUGCUCCAUAAGCUGUAGCUAUACUUAUGAACAUCUUGAGCCCACAGUGUUAUACACCCACUCUAUAUGCCUUUCGCUUGAUAAUAAAUCUGAUUCUAGCCAUUUUGUUCUUAAUGGGGGCCAUGAUGCUUCUUCAUAACAUCCCAAUUAACAAGGAGAGCUAGUUAGAAGUAGUAAAAGGAGCAACCAGGCAAACACACUGUGUGCCUCAAAAGCCACAGAUGGUUGAUAAAUUGGAACAAAUGAAUAUUGGUUCCUUCACUUCUUGAAACACCAUUAAUCACACAGCUGAGAAUAAUUUUCUUAGAUGCAAUUCUAGAAUUAAGUUCAGUUGGUGAAGUCUAGCAGUUGACGUCAGGUCUAGAGGCUGACAAGCUAGAGCUUUAUAAUUAUAUUCCAUUCACUGAACACUGUUUUAAUGGGUAUGGUGAUCUAGAAUUUUUCAGCAAAUGGAUGCAGUAAUUUAGUGCUGGGUAACAAAUGUACAUUCCAAAUUGGACCUAACAUUGAGCUCCCUCUUUUAUGUUUUCAUGUGCCCAGAUGCAAGUGUGAUGCUAAAAGUAUCACAAGUUAGUAACAGGUUUUUUGGUUGUCUGGGCAUGUGGCAAAUUAUUUCAUGAACACAAUUCACCAUAUGCAAUUCAAACUAGGCUGAAUGGUUUGAAAACCAUUCCCAAAAUGGCUCAUACUGGGGCCAUUAUACUGGGGCCUGAGUACAUAUUAAUUUCAUGUAUAAAACCUGUGCCUUUUGUCUCUACUUCACAAAGAGAAGGUAAGAGGUGGUAUCACACAAUCUCCUCAUUUACCUUGUGCUGCAAGAGGAAGUCAGAAUAAAUGAAAAAUAUAAGUAAGUAGGUAGUUAGGUAUCUAUGUAAUGAAAUUCUCAUGGCCUUUGGCUAGUCCAAUAAACUGAUUGAUAUAUAUUGAGAGAGAGAGAUGUAUAAUAUAUAUAGUUUUUGGAUUUUAUUAACUGUAAGCCACUUUGAGGCAAGAGUGGCAACCUAUACAUGCUAUACUAAUUGUAGUAAUAAAAAUACAUCACCCUUUCAUAGUUUGAAACAGUGUUAAUCCUCUUUAAAAUAUUAGAUUCUAAAAGCACUGGGAAAUUGCCCCAUUGUCUCUGUAUAUUUUUCUUUUUUAAAACAAAAACCAAAAACUGUAUGCUGAUGGAUUUCCAUUUAUUGCUCUUUACUGAAAUGUAAUCUUGCCUCAUGCAGUGUAGGAACAAUAUCUCAUCUGGCCAAUUCUCCUAUAUCCUGCUCUCAAAAUAAGGCAAAUCAAAGAAGGUGGGUUGUAUCCAACAUUGGUCAUACUCCAAGUAGCCCUAUAGAAAUCAAUGGGCUAUGACUAACUUAGGUCUUUUCAUUUCAGUGGGCUUACUCAGAGUAGAAAUUAGCUAAAUACAGUCCAGUAAUAGCACCACCAAUGGAUGAUUUGCAGGCAGUCCUUUGUCACAGGAUGUGUCAAAGCCACUUUAAAUCAAAGACCCAUGUACAUUCAACUUUUAUCCUUGGUUACUGAUUUAGCAGGGAGAGAGAAAUGUAUGAAAUCACAUUGUUGGUGGAUGGGAUUUAUUGGCUUAACAUCUGAGGAGAUUCAGGAAUGUAACUAAUUGCUUCUGAAGUCAAUUGUAAUUUAUUUUAAGUAAAUUGUCUCCAGAUUUGCCUUUCCUUGGUAGACAAGUCCUCUUUUUUUAGGUGUUUUGCCAAUAAUGUGAUCUCCCUGAUAAACAGGCUGUCAUGGAGUCACUGCAUGCCAAUCAACUGAAUUUUUGCACAUGCAAGUUCACUGCUACAGAAUUUCAUCUGCAGAAUGCACUUAGAGAAGUUUUGCUGUCUGCAGACAAUCCCUAGAGUAUAGACCCAUCUGCUUAUAAUUGGUCUAUAGCCCCAGGCUAACCAAAUAUCUAGUAUCACCAAUGGACUGUGUCAGCAGCCCUUCCAGGCUACAGUGCAUGACGCAUUUUCUUCAGUGCAUUCUCUUAAUUAUCUCAUGUGCCCAUGUAGGGUAAGAGGCAUGGGAAGAAGCAUCAUAGCAGUGCACGAUGCCAGGGGGGAAAUGUUUCCAGCUAUGAGGAACUGAACCAGUGGGAAGCAAUAUCUCAUCCGCUGUAUGUUAUUAAAAACAAUUCCUAAUGCAAAACAUUUAAUACAGUUCAUCCAUAUGGCUUGGUUUUCCUACCAAAUCUCUGCACAGAGAAUUGCAUUUUUCACCUGGUGGGUUCAUUUUAUAAAUCAUAAUCCCUCCCUUCUAAACCAUAAUCCCUCCCUGAAAAGUCAUCUGAUCAUAAUUAUGGUUUUUCCAUAUGUGCCUCCACCCCCACCCCUGUUUAUCACACACAAAGCCCAGAAAUGGUGCUGUGAUGUAUAAGAUGUAUUUAUCAGAGACAUAAAAAACUGAACCUGUCUUCUGUGGGAUAACCAGUCUAAUAUAACCAACAUGCUUAAGUCUAAUUAAUGCAUGAUGGGGUUAAGACCACAGAGUAAGCUGUUCUGCCAGGCUUAGCUCACCUUGGGAGGGACUAGGUAAUCAAGCCUUCAGUCUACCCAAGAAGCUCAGACCAUGACUCUUACAAGUCACUCUUGAGUUCUUACACCAAUAAUGCAGGAACUUUCACUACUGUAACUAAGCCAAGUUUUGCUGGCUGUGCAACUUUUUCUGAAUGCUGUAUGGAAAACCCAUGAAUCCAACCUUUGGAAAGUUUGUAAGUAAACCAUUUUUAACUUACCAAGUGAGUGGUCUUUAUCUAUGCUAGGGGAAGAGAGGAGUUUUGGAACUCACAAGGGCAUAUUUUAAAGGUCGAACAGCCUAUAUUUCUACACUGAUGCAUAUUUUCUGACUUUGAAUAUCUGUCACCAAAGGGUACUUGCCCCAGAAUUCAGCAAUUUAUAGCCCUUUGCCAACAAAGCAGGUGAAAACAGAAACCUGUUGGGCAUUCUCUACCUCUCAAAGUUUGUGAUAUAUUGCAACACUAUUUGAGGGGGGGGGUCCGUCUCCUCUUUUUUCCUUCUAGAAAAACUGCAAACCGCUCUGAAGCUCUUUUAAGAGUAAAUGGAAGAGAGCAAGUGAGAAAUUGAUAGCGGGAGGCUUUAGCUAGAUCUUUGUGAUGCUAGUGCAGCAUGGCUGCCCAUGUAGCUGGUCCAGAGGCCGCAGCCCAAGUGAUGAGAGGUGUUCCUUAUCAGGUUCCUAUCAUGCCAGUGCUGAGGGAUCUGCGCUGACUGCCUGUUAGUCACCAAGUUGGUGUUCACGCAGUGUACACAUUGCAUAUGCACAUGCAGAGCUCUAAAUCAAUCUGGACCAGGUUACCUGGGGAAAAAUAUUCUCCUGCACUGCCGAGUAAGGACAUUGCAAUCAGCUAAUCAAUGGCACCGAGUUACCGUAUUUUUUGCACCAUAACACUCACUUUUUCCUCCUAAAAAGUAAGGGGAAAUGUCUGUGCGUGUUAUGGAGGGAAUGCCUACGGGUGGCAUGCCUACGGAUUUUCCCCCUCUAAAAACUACGUGCGUGUUAUGGUCAAGUGCGUGUUAUAGAGCGAAAAAUACGGUAGUUUGCCUGCAGCCUGAUUAUUACUGGUUUGUGGUAACACAAUGGCAGGCUUAUUCAUUUGUGGUACCAGUGUUGUGGAAUGCCCUCCCUGCUGAAAUACGAGAGGUGCCAAUCAGUACCUCUGCCUCCUGAGGACACAUUUGUUUAGGUAAACAUGCUCCUGAAUUUGAACUUCUGAUCAUACUGUUUUCGCUGUUUUUAAAGAGUUCUAAUUGUUUUUAACUCACUUGUUUUAUUUUGGAUUUUAAGGAAGGUUGUUAUGAUGGUCUGAUGGAAUUGUCAUUGUGUAUUGUGUGAUUGUUUUAUAAUUGAUUUUAUAGUUGUUACCUGCCUAGAAACCCUUUGGGGAUAUAAGGAGAGUAUGAAUUAAAUAAUAAUAAUAAUGGUGUGCAGUUUUUCAUUCUGCUGAUAAAGGGCAGUUUAAAUUGUGUGACAUGUGACAUUCACAACUGUCUUUUUGUUUGGUGAUGGGCAGAUGUAAUUUGCAACUUCAUCCUUAUUCAAAAUUGUGUGUCCUUUAUAUUUUGUGUACUUUAAUAUAAUAUAUUCAUGUUCUUGAGACUUUGGAGGGUUUUAGUCCCCCAAUCUCAAGGGCAACAUUUCCAGGAAACAGGACUGACAAACUCAAUGCUUUUUUAAGUCAUCUGGGUGGUCUUCAGACUCUGAAUGCUGUCAGCUGAACUCAGCUGCAGAAUCUAUCAAACUCAGUGGGAGAACCAAGCAGUGUUGGAUGAGUUUUAUCUAUGUUCUGGAUAAGGAAUUGUAUACAUUUUCUUUUCUUUGGCUUUUGGUCUGAUCUUAUACACUUGGAAACAUUUUUAGGCUAUAAAGUAUAACGUGGACACUUUAAGUGGAAACAUAAAUAUCUUCAGGAAGGCUACCACGUUGUCUCAGUAAUUUAUAAACUGAGAGUGGAGAGAAACUAUAGACAUGAAAUAUUCUGAUGGCCUGUAGGUAUAUGGUGUGUAAUACUAGAUACAUAAGGAUGCGUUACUCUUAAAAUGGCUAUUUCUCCCCUCUCCAUUCAUUCUGCAAUGACAUGGUUCUAAGAAAUAGUCCAAAUAGUUGUUUGACCUUACAGCUGCCACACAGACCAUGCUAUGCAAUGAUCAGCAAGGUUCUUCAUGCUUGGCAAUAGAGGGGUGGUUAAAACUUUUUAAAAAUCUGAUUGUGUUUGAAACUUGACUCAGGAGGACAAAUCACAUUCUAAUGGGUGAUGUGAAGAGAAGGGCAGUUAUAAGUCUGAUUCCACAUAAUAGAUUGUCUUAUCAAAUUAGGUUUGUUUAGACAAAAAGUAAAUUAACUUUGGCUAUAUAAAUUAACAAAGGAGCUUUAAAGGAACACUCCAGCAUGGCAUAGCUGAAUUACCACUUAUCAAGCAGUUCAGUCCUAUUCUUUUCAGCUCUGGAUAGGGGCAAUGGCUUUUUGUUCUUCUGCAGGCAUGAAUUUACUAAGCAUUCAUAUGAUAUCACCAAUUGUGCUAUCACCAAUUCCUGAUGGUGUGAAGGGCCACUGUGCUUAUUAUGAACCUGAAUGGACAGACUAGCCCUUCUCAGAGUAGACCUGUUGAAGUGAAUAGGCAUGGCUAACUUAAGUGCAUUCAUUAAGUGCAUUCAUUCUGAAUUAUUAUUAUUUGUUGUUGUUACCUGCCUUUCAACCCAAGGUCCUAGAAUUAAAAACAACCUUGAAUGCAACUCUGUACUUUUUGCAUUUCAUUGGGAGGAAUUUAGUGUUUUUUGAGCAGAAGCAUUUCUGCUUGCCAGACAGAAUGACCCCCUUCUCGCCCCUGUAUGUUGUUCUGGGGUUCCCUGAAUCUUGAGCAUGGAUUUAGGGGCAGUGAUAUCAAAUGAAUGCUUAGUAAAUUAAUGCCUGCAGAAGAACAGAAAGCUAUUGCUCCUAUCCAGAGCUGAAAAGAAUAUGACUUCAUUUGUGGGUGACCCUUGUGUGCUGGCUUCCGCUAGUGCACCAGGUUAGUCGGAUCUAGACCCUUGUAAUUUAAAUCCAACUUUUAUAAAUGUUGUUCUCUUUACACCCAUGUUUACAACUGCCAGCUGAAGACUGUACUUUAUACAUGACAUGGAAUCUAAUCCACAGAAGCUCAACAAGACUCAACAAUAAGUUUUUGCUUCUGCUGUAAUUAAUGUGCUAGCCUUUAAGGUGCCACAAGAGCCUUUGUAAGCAGGGCCAGAUUUAGGUUUGAUGAGGCCCUAGGCUACUGAAGGUAAUGGGGCCCUUUAUAAGUCCAACUAUCGUUUGUCAACAACAAAUUGCCGCUGUUUUUUUGUGUUGAAUAUAUGCUAUAUGGUAAUUUAUAGACCUAAUAGGUAUCUAAAGCCAUUUGCAUAUAACAAAAUAUGUAUUUCAUCAAAGUAAUUGUUGAACUGAAAUACACUGAAAAACAAUGUUGCUGUAUGUAGGUUUUAUUUUAUUUUUUUUUAUCUUAUAUUUUGGAAAUGUACAUCCAGUGGGGUUUUUUCUUUACAUUUUUGGGGGGCCCCCAAAAGAGUGGGCCCCUAAGCUAUAGCUUGUUUAGCUUAUACAUAAAUCCAGCACUGUUUAUAAGUUAAGUCAGUGAUGACUGUCAUGUUAGAUGUAGUGAAGUAUUUGCACUGAAUUAGAAUAAUGCAUUAUUAAUGGUCCUAUUGAUCUGGGGCUUACUUUGCCUCUUGAACUUGGGCUAGUUUUGUUAAUGUGUUUAUAAAUUUAGCCUUCCUUUUUUGCUUCAGGUGUGGAAACAAGUGAAUCACCUGAGACAUGAAUUUUGACUCUGUCUGUAACCAGCAGCUCCUUAGAAACCAACUAAAGGAGCCCCGUGAUGUUGAAGCACAGAACUGUGCCAAAGCAUGUAGCACCUGCAACUCCAGUGUUAUAUUGCCAAGAAUACUUCCACCCCCAUCCUACCGUCCCUCUGUGUAUAUUUAUAACAGCAGCGACUGGGAAAUUUGUGAGGAGUUACGGCUUCGAGAGCUUGAAGAAGCCAAGGCUAGGGCAGCCCAAAUGGAGAAGACCAUGCGUUGGUGGUCAGACUGCACGGCCAACUGGCGUGAGAAAUGGAGCAAAGUCAGAGCUGAAAGAAAUAAAGCCCGUGAAGAAGGGAGGCAACUGAAGCUUAAGCUGGAAGCCUCAAUGAAAGAGCUGAGUGCCCUGAAGAAAAUAAACCAAUGUUUACUCACAGAAAAUGAAGAUGUGGAAGCCAGGAAUGUGAGGAAAAAGAGCUUUGCCUUUUCUGAAAUGUGUUUGAUGACAGAGGACCAUUUAGCAUCUCUGGAGAAAAAGCCUGUUAAACAUGUCCAGAACAACAAGAUUUUUGAGGUGGAAAGUCUCUGUCAGGUAAAUAGAUAUGGGUCUUUUUUAAAUCACAAAAAUGAACCAAUUCCCACCACAGUUCUAAACAUUCUGAGGCUGCAAUCCUUUACCCACUUUUUCAUUUCAGGAAGUUUAUGCGACUGAAAACCCUUUAGGAGACCACCAAGAUAAAAUAAUCAAUUUGGAGAUUCUUGAUUCCAGAGGCAAACACACAUCAGUUUUUCUGGAAAAUCCUGACACAAGCAAAGAGAAUGAAACCAGAUCUCAGGACGAUGAAGUCGUACAUAUUUCUGUGUUGCAUUUGCAUCUUCUUGAAUCAAGGAAAAUCUUGCAGAAGGAGCAAAAGUAAGUUAAUAACAUAUUUCCUUUUGUUAAAAAAAUCCCCACAUUUUCCUCCAAGAAAAACUUUUAAUGGGCCAAUUUUGGAAUAGAAUUACAGUGUAUUUUGCAGGUAGUGAAAAGUCUAGUUCCAAUGCCAAAUUCAUUGGGGACUAGUUCUUAUUUCCCCCAUUUAUCUUUCUUAUUAACUUUGCGAGAUGGUGCCUGUCAACAACCUGGAAAAAGAGUAACAUGCCUUUAUGAAAUGUUCUUACAAAUCCUACUGUCUGCUCCACUGUGCAGCGUUUUAAGAACUUACUAUUGACAGAGCAGUGGUGUUGAAUGUGAUUUAUUCUGGUAUGUGCUGCUGGCAGCUGUUGCUAAUGAUGGCAAAUAUUUAUUCAGUUAUUCAGUACCAAAAGUGUGCAAGGAUGAGAGACAUAAACAAGAGGACAUUCUUACCCAGAGAGAAUAUCAUAUUAAGAACCAGUUCAAGAGUGUAGCAACAGUGUCCCUGCAUACAGUUGUUCACCAGCUUGGUCCUGCACACAACCAUAUGAAAUUAAAUUAGCAAUAUGGCAUGUUAUCCUGUCCUGUGAUUAUUUCCAGCUUCACCCCUAUCUUGCUAGUUACUGGAGGGCUGACAGUGGCAGAGCAAGGAACCCAAGUCUCAGAUUUGUCUGUUCACUGAAAUACACCUAUGGAAUCUAUGUAACUGAAACUAUCAUGGAACUAAAGCUGCCAUUCUACAUUAAAAACAUCCAACUGGCAGUCAAUGCCAUUCAGAUAGAAUGACAGCAUUGGAGGAGACCUUGAUGGUCAUCUCAUCCAGGGCCCUGAUACGGAUACAAGUUUUUAAAGCAUCCUUCCUUCUCGAUUCUAAAACAUGCAGGGAGCUUGUAUGGCUAAAAAUGGCUUCCCACUUCAGAAGUUAUCUCUCAACAUGAAAGAGGCUACAAGGAACUGUGCAACCCUGAAGUUCCUUUGUAUCCAUGUUGCCCCUUCACAUGAGUAAUGUGUAAAUAAGUACAGUCAUACCUUGGAAGUCGAAUGGAAUCCGUUCUGGAAGCAUGCUCGACUUCCAAAACAUUCGGAAACCAAAGCACGGCUUCCGACUGGCUGCAGGAAGCUCCUGCAGCCAACCGGAAGCCCCGUCGGGCAUUCGGGUUCCAAAAAUAGUUCGCAAACCAGAACAGUCACUUCCGGGUUUGCGGCGUUCGGGAGCCAAAACAUUCGAGAACUAAGCUGUUUGAAAACCAAGGUACGUCUGUAUUCAGUAUCCCAUGGGGAAAUCUGAUCUUUAGCGUUGCAUCAGAACAAAUGGUGAUUGGGUUUGUUCUGAUCUCUAUCACAAAAGAGCAGGUAUUCCAGGGGAAAGUGGCAUGGCAAAGGCAAAACCACAUGGACCCAUGCCCAGAAGGCGUGGGACAAGAGGGAAACUGCUUGGAAAGCACAGGGGUGCCAACUAUAGGGGGCUCUGGGUGCCAGAGCACCCUACCAUUGUUGUGGGUUCACCCACACUGCAGGGCCCCCAUGCAACUUCUGAGGUCUUGCAAGACAUGGAAAACAUCCUGUGGCCCAAGUUGGCUCCCCUGGGACAAGUGGAAGUGUGGAGAAGCUCUUUGUCUUCUUCCAGUGUGUUUCAACAACAGCAGCCACUAGGUCUAGCAGCAGCCACUAGGAUUAAAACUGCACAUGCUUUAGCUCACCUGGAUGCAGGAUUGGACUGCCCAUUGCUUUUGAAAAUGCCAUUCUCCCUAGCACAAGAACUGCAACAAAACCCUUCCGCAUCUUGAAGAAUAUAGUCCUGGAACCCAUGCAAUAUUUUAAAGUAUUGUUUGUUAUCGUUCUUGUAACACUGCAGAAUCCGCUUAUCUCUGGAGAAAGAGAUAGAGAAGCUGAAGUCAGAAAAAAUUCUGUGGAAAUGGAAAUAUGAGGAGCUAAGAAAGUCCAAACAGCAAAGUCUAAAGCAGGUAUGUUGCAAAAGGCAGUUACCAUGGGUAACUGGAAAAUAAAUUAAAUUUCUUCUCUUUUGUUGUCUUGCUCUCCCAUAUGUACAAACCUAAGAGGCAGAUUAUGAGUUAUGCCGAAGUAGAAAUGAAUACAUCUUCCAUGUUUUAUUACAUUUCCAUGUCUAGGCCCUACCCUGCUUUCAAUCCACCUUCUGUCUGAUUUAACAUGGAAAAUUCAAUAAGCAUUCCCAGGGUGUGGUUUGAAAAAACACAUGUCCACCACCCUUCUGAAGCUGUGUCUGGGUCAAAGUUAGAAGGUCAGAGUUACUGCCUCAGAUCCAUAUGUACACUGCACUGGGAUACCUUACAGAAGACACCUGGGCUAUAAAUGUAAUAAACCAAGAUAUGAUCAUCUGAACACAGCUUUUUACAUAUGUUGCUCUACUACUACAACAACAACAAUCCCAUUGGGUUCUACUAUAAGGUAAAAUGGAUUACACUUCCAUACAUGAUACCUAAUGCACCUGCUGAAGGUCAUUUUUAGCAAAUUGUGUAUUGAUUGUGUGCUAUAGAAAAUGAAAUGAUAAUGAAAAUCUAGCGGCAACUAACUUUUUAAUGCUCUAAAAUGGAACCUAAGAAAUAAGGAUCUUGCUAUAGAAAUAUAGCCUCUCCAGAGAACUUGCUCAGGUUUCAAACUUUCAUAUAUACUAUCAUUUAUUUAAGACAGUUAUAUGCUGAUUAACCGUUCACAUUUCUAAGCUGUGGACAUCAAAACAAACCAUAGAAAAGGAAACAAUAAAGCAAUAAACAUAAAAUGAACACUACAUUGAAAUAACCUGCUGGAACAAGAAAGCCCUUAAUCAUGAGCAUGAAGGGGAAUGCCUGUCUAAUCUCAGUUGGGAGACAGUCUUGGGCCCACUGCACUUAAUGCACAGCUUCUAGUAGUCAUAAAAACAUAAUAUUCAAUGUUAAGUCUCGUUAUAAUAUUAUUAUCCUUGAUUAGAAUUCAGUCCUGAGUUGACGUGCCUUCUGAAAUAGGGUGCGGAGGGCAGUACAUAUAUAAAAUAGUAACAAUGUGAGCAUCCAUCGAAAGCUGCAAACUUAUACACACUAACCUGCAAAUAAGAUGCUGUUCCCAGAUAUUAUAAUAUAUGUCUGUCCUCUGCUAGUCCUAUGAAAGUGAUGAUUAAGAACAGUGUUCAUUUUAGUCCAAGAAACUUGCAGGUUCCUUCACUGACCACUGGUGAGCAGUAUAGACUUGCAAAUGCUUUCUUGCCAAUAGCAUGAAUUCUCCCCCCUCCCAGGAAAAUGUAUUUGCUCAUUAUAAAAUUGCUUUAUGUUAGGUUUUUCUUUUCUUUUCUUUUUUGAAAGGCUGUAUUUGUGAUUUGAAUAUAUAGCUAUUUGUAUUAGCACUUACAUGUAAUUGCAUUGCUGGAUGAUAUUGUAUGUUCUCCAUAAUAAUUUUUCUCUUAAAUCUUAUGGAAAACAUAGCUAGGUUACAUAGGUAAAUUAAGGCAAAUUAUCAGACUGGACAGAAAGAGUGUAUCUGGAUUUUGUUAAUCAAUGUGAAGGAUGGAUGGAAAUUAUUUUGAAAUGCGACGUGUGUGUUCAGUAGGUCUUUCGGCUGCAGGAUAAAUUGCUUGUAAAAUGUAUGGUGCAACUAUAAAUCACCAUAAUGCUUCCUUAGGGUGAUUUCAGAUGCUUCAUUUUAUCCAAAAGAAUAUUGCAUCUUCAAGAUCCACAUCAAUAUGGCUUGUUAAAGGUUAAAUCGGUUUUUAAAUUAUGUUUGAAGCAACCUGGGUAUGUCUCCAUCAUAGUACAUGACGAGAGAAUCAAAUUAUUGGGUGAUUCCAAUGUAGAGAAAAAUGUUAAAAGAGAUUUUGGAGAUGCUUCCAACACAAUAAAAAAAUGGUCCAGUUUAUUAAAAAAAUUGCACCUGACUAAGUAUAAUUUGAGCAUGGAAACACUGCCAGUAGAUUAAUGGAAGAUUUUAUUCCACAUAAACAGCUGUCUACAGUGGUACCUCGGGUUACAGAUGCUUUAGAUUAUGUGAUUUUGGGUUGCGCACCGCGCUGAACCUGGAAGUACUGGAAUGGGUUACUUCCGGGUUUCGGCACUCAUGCGUGCGCAGAAGUGCUAAAUUGUGCUUUGCGCAUGCGCAGAAGUGCUGAAUCGCAUCCCGUGCGUGCGCAGACGUGGCGCUGUGGGUUGCAAAUGUGCCUCCCGCACGAAUCACGUUCACAACCCGAGGUUCCACUGUAUUUCUUAAUAAUAAUAAUAAUAAUAAUAAUAAUAAAAUUUUUUAUUUAUAUCCCGCCCUCCCCAGCCGAAGCCGGGCUCAGGGCGGCUAACAACAAUAAAACAGUACAAAAGUUUUCUGUCCUGUUCUCAGAGAUUAUUGUUUUCUUAGAUUGAUUUAUUUUCAAGUUUAUAUCAGAUUAUAUUAUAUUAUUAAUAUAUUAUAUUAUAUUAUUAAUAUCAUAUUAUUAUAAUUAGAUCAGAAGUUUCCAAUGUGCUGUAUUCAAACUGUUACUGGGGUUCAACUCACAUCAACUUCAGCUAGCAUGGCCAAUGUUAGACAUCAGGAGGGCACUACAUUGGUUACGCUGACCUAGAUUAAUAGAGUCCUUAGUGCCUGAGAUAACUGCUUGAACAGUUAAAGUAGUGGGGGGGGGGGGCUUAAUCUCACACUGAUUACAUCCAAAAAGCUGCAGGAAGACCAUAGUGUCUGGAGUCCCACCUUCCUUCCUACUUAGGGGUGCCGGAUGCAAAAUGGUUGCCAGGGGCAGAUUCUUGCAUCUUGUAUAGAAGAGAUCUUCUACACAUCUAGUUGUGUAGAAGAGAUGAUUGUAGCGUUUGUAGUUUAAAUGGACAGGACAGAAGCCCUAUCCUCUUUUGCAUCAUGUCCGCCCACUGUAGCCCUUUAUGCCCCACUUACCUAGAAAGCUGAGUGCCCCUCUGCAGAAACUGGCAAGGCAACAGGUAGAGAUGCUGUAAGAAGGUUAACAUGGAACUUUGGAUUGUGGCCCUUCAAUCUUAGCACAAAAGCAGGAGUGGGGAACUGGUGACCCUCCAGACAGCAGCGGAGAGUGGGUUGAGUUGCAGACACUUCCCUGACCUCCUGGCAGAUGAGCCACUGCUGGUCACUAGCAGGGGAGGGGCGAGGUGGGGGCAAGGUCACUACAGUGCAAAUGCACCAGUCAAUUAAAUCCAGCACUUUUGCUGGUCCAUUGUCACUGUGCCACCAUUCCCAGUGUUUCACCCCACCAUCUUUAAUAACUCACCUGCCAGGAGCUCAGGUAAGCAUCUCUACCCUACCAUGCCCUAUACUUCUGCCUUUGGGUGUUGCUGGACUACAACUUUCAUAAUCCCUGACCCUUGACCAUGGUAACUGGGGCUGAUGUUUGGAGACUAUCAACAUUUGGAAGGCCACAGUUUUCACAUGCUUGCGUUAAGUAUUAUUUUACUACCAUGAGCAGCAGUAGGCUUCAGUGUGAAUUAUAGAACUUUUUAGAAAGCCAUCAAAUCGGGCUUGCUAACUCCUGAAGCUGAGAAACUAAGAAAUGAAACUGAAUCAAUAGGGGGUGCAAAAGGUCCACCAUCUUGAAGCCUUGGCUGUUUCGUAAUGUGAUAAUUUAAAAGCAGUUUUCUCCUCCACUUGGCAAAUAGAAUGUAAACAUACAACCCUACAAUCAUGCAUUGAAAUUCUGUGUACAGUGUUCAGAUAAGUACCCACACCUGCUGCAAAUGUAAACAUACAUCCACACCUGCUUAAUUAAGUAUGUAGAAAGAAGAGAAGUUAGAUUUGUUCUUCCAUACAGCUCCUGAAACUAUGUAUUUCUUUUAUUUUAAAAAAAUCAAACAAGUUAGAAUGUAAAUAGAACUGUAUCAACUUUGAAACAAAAGAAGGGCAUGGAAGAGACUCAUUCAAGCAUCUUUUCUCUGUGUCUUAUUUAAAGCACAACUUGAUUUAGUUCAGCCUUUAUGUUUUAUGGAGCUGUAUGCUGGCGAUUGUAUGGAAAACCAAUAUGCUUACUCCUCUGCAAAAUUAAAAGAGGGGAGGGGAAACCUCUUUCCAGCUUGGUAGAUAUAAAUGUGACCAUGAGAUGUGUGGGUAAUACAUGAUCUAUGCUUAAGGUUGUAUCCCUGUACGUUAUCCUCAGAGUUGACCCAUUAAAAUUAAUAGCCCUAAAUUGGUCAUAUCCAUUAACUUAAUGUCUAUUCUGAGUAGACCUAACAUUAGAUAACAACCUAUUUUUUUUAAAAAAAAUAAUAAUCAUGUAAUUUAGAUUGUUUAAUAAUAGUAACAGCAACAGAAACGUUAAAGGGUUAAACACUAUCUUCUUCAUAAAGAUAAAUUCAUUCACAUUUGACAUUUUAUGUCCCCCCCCCUUGAAGGAUGUUUGCUGAAAAUGUUUUCCCAAUACACCAUGCCUCUUUACAGUGGCUUUUUCUGUCACUAAAAAGGGGGCAGGAAAUGAACAUGUUUGCCUGGCUUGCCAGCCAAUCAUUAGUGUGGCCAAAUGCAAAAGUGGGCAAGGUUCCUGCUCCUUUAAGAACUGUGCAAAAAAAGGGGGUGGAAUUGACACCAAUUUCCAACAAAGUGUCCUCUUCAAAUCAGGUAGCCUUCAGAUGUUUUGGACUAUGACUGUCAUCCUUCUUAAUCCUUGGUCACACUGGCUGCGGCUUAUGGGAGUUGUCCAAAAAAUCUGGAGGGCACCAGAUUGAAGAAGGCUGAGCAGUAACACAAGGUAUUAUCUGGCAGAGGUGUUUACCUGUCCUCCCAGCAGGUGAGUUACUGCUGCUUACUGGGAGGGGGUGAGGUGGUGCCACUAUGGAUCACUGAUGCUUACGGGGGAGAAGGAGAGGAAGAGGGGUGAUGUGGCAGGGAGGUCUGUGUAGUGAAAAUGCACCAGCAGAACCAAUAUGCCGCUCCUGCUGAUGUGUUUGCACUGUGAUGACCCAACCACCUUGUCACCUCUUUCCCUCUGAUAAGCAUCACCGACCCAUCUUCCAGCAACCUAGUGUAGCAGGUCCACCCCAAUGGGCAAUCCGCAUGUUCCCAAGACUGGUUGAGGGGUUGUUGCAAAAACCAACAAUUGUUUCAAUAAGACACAGGCCAUUUCUCCAGGGAAUCUCAAAUGCCUCCAUAAUCUUUCCUGUGUUUUUUAUGUAUCUGCAGCUCAGAAACACCCUAGUUUUUCCUCCACCUGCUUGUUCUUUGUUAGAAUUCUUUCUCAGCUGCAAGUUAGAUUUCUGCUGACUUCAAGAUUGUCACCCUUUUUUCCACAUGGAAGUUUGUUGCCCAGAAUAAGUGUGUGUGUAGGGGGGGAGGAAAGUACUUUCACCAGCUGUUGGAUAGGAGGAAAGAUUUGCAAGAGUCAGACCAAUCUCCCUAAUGACUGUCAAAGCUCCAUAUGUUAGGAAGAAGAUUGUAGUGAAGUGUUGCUUCCUUUAAAUAAUAAACAAGCAAACUCAACUUCAAAUCAUGAAGACCAAGCAUACCCCGCUGUCACAUUCACAUCCUUUGCAGCAAAGGGGCAACGAACAGCAGUAAUACAAUGCGGUUUCAAGUACCAUUAAAACGUUGCGUUUGAUGGAAGCACGGCACCAUCCUUUGAAAUGUAAACCAAAUAUCUGUUGUGAAACCUUGAAACACAUGUGGGAAUUAGCAAAGACUCUUUCUGCUUCCUGCAAAGUUAGGAUGUCAUUGAGGCAAAUUAAGAGAUGAAAGCUCGUGUUUUUACGUCAGAUCUUCUGGUUCAGAAUGCCCCAAAGCAGCUGCCCUUUGGAGACUUCAAAUUAAAUUAGAAGAAAUAAUUGCUAUAAUCCCUUUGCCUAAAACAAUUUUUGCCAUUUACAUAGGGUUUUGAACACAGUUUGUAUAAUCUAUUACCACUGCCACCCCUGCUGGUUUCUUCUGUCAUAAUCCAAUCAACUACUAGAAAAGCAUGCUAAUGAGUCUUUAAAAAUCCCAUUUGGAAUGAACAUCAGGGGCUCCAGCUUUCCCUGCCUAGUUGUGGAAUCUAAAUUCGCAAAGUUCUCAAAAGCAAUCUAGAUGAAGCAAGGUGAUACACGGGAUUGUGGUUUUUGCUUUUCUGUGAUGGAAAUUCUUCUCUUCACUAUGUGGGAAAACUUUAUUAUAGCAGAAUGGAAUGAUAAAUCCCUGAUAGCAUAUAUAACAUGACCCCCACUAAAUCAGUUCCGGGUACAUUCACAGUAUCUUUCCAUCACAUAGAAGUAACACCCUACUGGCCUGAUCCUGAAUUUGCUUCAAUUGGAAGUUCAAUGAGGCUUAGUCAGUGCACACAAGAUUACAGACUAAGGGUGUGUAUACAUUGUUGCUACAUCGUUAUUUCUUCAGUUUGGAUCAAAGCUAUUUUGGCAGCAGACACAUCAAAAACAAGAAAUGUUCACGGGAAAUGACAGGAUAGAUAUGGAUUGUUAUUGCAAGCAUCAUGUAUACAAUGCUUCUUAAACCAUCAAUGUGACCAUUAACAUUAAAAAUCUGGCAAUGGAAAAUUCCUCUGAUGCCUACCUUCCUUUGAUGCUCUAAGCAUGUGCUUAUUUUGCUUAAUGGUUAAUCUAACCUAGGUAUUUAUGCAGUCCAAAAAAGAGAAAGUAAAAAGUAAAAAUAUUGACCCCUUUUAACCGGUGGCUCUCCAGUUAUGGAAUCUGAUUCCAUGUGAGCUCAGGCAAGCCCCUCCCUUGUUAAAUUUAAAUGAGUCUUAAAGAUUCCACUUUUCACAAUGGCCUUUGGAGCUCAGUCUAAGGUAUUGGAUGCUGUUCUGUGCAGCUGGGUGGGUUACUUUGGUGGUAUGCUGGCGUGUAUCUUCCUGAGGUGGAAUUGGAUAUUUUAAUGGUUUAAACUAGUUUUAUUGUUAGAUUUUAUGGAUUUCUAUUUGUACAUGGCCUCGAGCCACUUUGAGAAGCAAAUCUUGUUUACAAAGCAAGCUAAAAGCUUUUAAAAAUAAAUAUAUAUAUUUAAAAAUACACUGAUUUUACAAGUUUUUACAAUGAAGAAUCCAGUGCUGAUAAGAGGAUUUCGGAACUUAAUGCUUUUAUUGCUAAGUGCAUUUCUGGACUAAUACUUUAUACUGGCCCAUCUUAGACAGCUAGGCCCCAAAUUGAAGCAUUUGACAUCUGUUCUUAUGUUGUAUUUUUGCAAUAAAAUACAGUAGUUUCACUCCUGGCACUUUUGAUUGGCUUUCCCAAUCUGUUCUUUUCAAAGGGGGCCAUCCACAUUCAUUAAAAUCAAUGUGGAUUUUGCUAUUGUGAGUCAAUGAGGCAAAACAGAAGAAUGGGCCCAGCAAAUCAUCACUCCUUCCAUAAAAUUGUGCUUGAAAAAAUACUCAUUAUUUUCUCUUUGUCUCUGUUGUAGUGUUGGUUUAUGCUGAACUGUGACAUUAGAAUGGGUGAUUCCUUGUGACAGUUUCAGCCUAUAAUUGCCUAUAACAAUUGGAGUUUUCUAUUUGCCUAUGCUAAGCUUUGCAGUGGUGGUAUGAAUUUAAGUGUUCUACACUUGUGAGAGCUCCUUGUGUGUUUUAAAACCCUGGAAAACAAGGUUUUAAACCUCCUCAUGUUCAUAGUAUCUUCUACCUUCAGAAAUUCAGGCUCCAGGUUGUGGAGGGUGACGACAGAUGCAAUGCAGGGAAGGAGCUACAGCCUUUGAGCAGGAUUCAACUAAGCUGUUGUGCUACAGAAGGCAGCAUAAGAACUCCCGCUAGCACAAUGGGACUUCCCCCUUCUCUCACCUCCUCCCCACAUAAUUUCACAGGUCAGGUUGGGAGAGUGGGCACAACCUCCCAGAACAGAGCACAGGGUGAAGAGAGGGGAGAUCAUUCCACCAAGCAAGCAGAAAGACUUGUGCUGAUGGAGCAAUCUCCUUAGCGUAAUGUUGCAUUCCUUUCUGUUUCCCUAAUCAUCCUGCUCAUGUGCUAAGAUAAAGAGUCACAAUCCAGUCUGUUUAUUUUGCAGCAUAUUUUAAGCCAAGGCGAGUAACCUCAGGCAGAGGAACAAAGCUGGUCCUCCAGGCCUCUCUCUUUCACCCUAGAAAUUCUCUCCUGACCAUAUGCUCACCUAUUGGCUACAUCCUCCUUGAAUGAUUUUGCCUGGCUGGAAUGUGUUCUUGCAUUGUGACAGUGCCUCUUGCUUGCUUGUCAGAAAGAAGUACAGAGAAUGUGGGUGUGGGUGUGCCUAAAACCUCUGGCUUUUAUAUGGCUGGAAUGUAAUUACUGGGCAAAGGUGAGCAUCACAGCCAUUGCUCUGUUUACUUUUGCAUCUGGACCUGUUCACCACUGAGAUGUAGCAAACCUGGAGAGCCAGUGUGGUGUAGUGGUUAAGAGCGGUAGUCUCGUAAUCUGGGGAACUGGGUUCGCGUCUCCGCUCCUCCACAUGCAGCUGCUGGGUGACCUUGGGCCAGUCACACUUCUUUGAAGUCUCUCAGCCCCACUCACCUCACAGAGUGUUUGUUGUGGGGGAGGAAGGGAAAGGAGAAUGUGAGCCACUUUGAGACUCCUGAAGGGGAGUGAAAGGCGGGAUAUCAAAUCCAAACUCUUCUUCUUCUUCUUCUUUUUGCCUAUGAGAGAAUGUGGCCUUCAGGGCUAAAAAAUUGUUUCCUUACCCCUGUUUUAAGCCAUCUAGAGAAUAUCGUACGGAUGAUGCUUGCAGAUGAUAUCCUAAUAUUUCAGUGAUGAGCCAACUUCUAUUUUUCAGUUUGGUAUACAUAAUGAUGUACAUCAGACUGAAGUAACAAGAAUCACAGAAGGUUUAGAGGAAGACACUGGACCCAAAUCUCAGAACUCUGUGAAGAUCUGGGACUUACAAGCAGAGGUAUGUUUAGAUAUUUCUGAAGUGUGUGUUUACACAACAAAAGUUUAUAGAUCCCUUAGAAUUAUUUUAAAUAUGCUUUCCUAAAUAUAUGCAGAACACAUGGGACCCUAGAUGUAAGUAGUAUUUAUAUCGGGGUGAAGGUUUCUAUGGGAGACUAUUAGGAGUCUGAAAAAACAUAUUGGAAGAGCACAUUCAGUACAUCUUGGUUGGAAAACUAUUGGUUGAAUAGUUUUUAAAAAACAUUUUCAUAAAUUCAGUUAUUUUUGUCUUUGGGAAUCUGGAGAAAAUGAAGAGUUAGAAUAAAUGUUGAUAUUAAGGGAGGGAAAGGAGAACAACAAAUUCUGUCUUUGAAUAGUUUGCUACAAAAGGGGUUUUAAAAAGGUAGAGUGGAGAAUGAUUUAUAUAUACAUGACUGAAGGGCCAUGUACAAGUUCUUUGGAUGAAUCAAUUUGAGAGACCCAUUUUCCCUCCUUAGUUUCUUUGUGUAAACUUUAAAAUGACUAUUUGAGAGUAGAGAAGUUCAGGUAGGACUCUUAGUUUUGUGAGAUUAAGAUUAGGUGUGAGUUCUUGAAUACACUCAUAUAGAAAAUGUCCCCCCCCCCCUACAAAAUAGAGUUCUGCACAAGCAUGUUAUUGUAAGAGCAUUCACAAAAGAGAGAAAAGUUUGUCAUUUAGGACACCAUGAACUCCUAAUCAUUAAAGAUACAGUUUUCAAUAUGGAAUUUCUAAAAGACAAAUUUACCGUACUUUUCUGUGUAUAAGAUUAUGCUUUCUUACUUAAAAACUAUGUUAAAAAUUUGGGCUCAUCUUAUACAUGGAUAGGUGGCUUUUGCGAUACGUGCAUUUUCUAGCACCCCCCCCUAAAAAAAGCUGGACAACUCUGGGCCGCCACCUCCCCAAAAAAGCUCAACAACUCAGGGCAAUCCCCCCCCCAUUUUCUAAAUUUUGCGUCCCCCAAAAUCUUAUACACAGUAGCGUGCUAUACACGAAAAAAUAUGGUAAUAUCUUUGGCCACAAAUCCUUAUCUCUCUCUAGCGUAUCUUCAUAGAAAAUUAAAAGUAUUUCCUCUCCCUCACUUUUUCACUAAUGUGAAAAAGCACCCAACAGACAGCACCCAACCACAGCACACUGUGUAUAAACCCCACACAGGGAGGUAGCAAGGCAUGAUUUUCAUCAGGAUGACAGUAUAGAGAAAAGGGAGGUUUAAUAUGUUUCCCUUGCCUCUAACUGAUCCUGAUGAAAAUUACACCCGUUGCACUGCUGUAUGGAGAAACAAGACAGAAAAAACUCUCACUGUUGCCACAGAAAACAGUUUCUGAAGGAAGGUGUUUUUUUGCCAGUCCCCCCUGUAGAUCACUUGUGCCUUCUGAACAAGAAUGGGAGACCAUUUCAAGUGGCAUCGGAGUUGGUGUCUAGGACAGUAGGGAUGGGAUAAUAGGUAAGACUUUGCCCUUCUGUAAGCUGGAGCCUACAAUGGAAUAGUGGCAUUCAUUUACAGCAGGGACAUCCAACUCCCAAUAGACUACGAUCUACUCACAGUAUAAAAAAACUGGCAGUGAUCUACCCAUUGUCAGAUCAUUGUUACUGAGCUUUUUCUUGGGGGGGGGAGAUUGCUGAGGGGCCAGAGAUCUACCAGGAGCACCCCGCGAUCUGCCAGUAGAUCACGAUCUACCUGUUGGACAUGCCUGAUUUACAGGAUCACAACUGGGCAUCCCAGACAGUAUAUUUUCAACAGCAGCUGUUUUCAGACAUUUUAACAUGAUGAAACCAUUGUAUUAGUUUACUGCCAAAAGCUUGCUUGCGUGUUUAUGGACCUGGAAAUGGGAAACUGGUAACAGGCUGGUGGAAAAGUCUUAAGGGAGACAAAACAUGAGAUAAAAUGAGUAGUGUGGAUGAUCCGAUGUGCUUAUCAAGGGCAUAAUGGUAUUAAAAUACUCUCUGGAUGUCAUUUGCUCUAUGCAACCUGUCAUCAAUGUAUAGUCAGGAUACCUCAGAAACUAUUGUUUCAAAGUAGCUUCCCACUGCAAACCAUAUAUGACUGCUCUCCUCUCAUUUAAAACCUGUGCAAUUGUAGCAUAGCUCUUUUGAACACUAAUAGUCUUGUAUUGAUUUUAUUUUGUCCUUGUUGAGCUCUUUAAAUUUAAAACAGCUGUUUUGCCAGUAGUUGUUCAGGAUAGCCUGAGGCAUCGCUCUGUUGUCAUUAACAAGGAUUCAUGACCCCCUGGUGUAGGAAGUCUUUAGGUCAUUUUUGGGUUGCUUGUUUAUGAAGAAAAAGAGGGUGAGCAUUAAAAAUGGACUUUUCAGUAGGGGUUAUCAGAGUAAAAUUUCCCCCAGAAACAUAGUAAAUUGAUAAUAACAAACCUCCUCUGCUGUGAAUAGGCUUCUGUAUGAUGUAAAGUAGUAAAAAGAAUAUAUAUAUAUAUAUUCACACAUACAGUGGUGCCCCGCAAGACGAAUGCCUCGCAAGACGGAAAACCCGCUAGACGAAAGGGUUUUCCGUUUUUGAGUUGCUUCGCAGGACGAAUUUCCCUAUGGGCUUGCUUCGCAAGACGAAAAUGUCUUGCGAGUCUUGAGAUUUUUUUUUCGCUCCCCCCCCUUUAUCUAAUCCGCUAAGCCUUUAAUAGCCUUUAAUAGCCUUUUAGCAGCUAAUCCACUAAGCCUUUAAGCCUUUAAUAGCCGCUAAACCGCUAAUAGCGCUAAUCCGUUAAGCCGCUAAUAGGAUUGCUUCGCAAGACGAAAAAACCGCUAGACGAAGACUCUCGCGGAACGGAUUAAUUUCGUCUUGCGAGGCACCACUGUAUACACACACAAGUGUUGUUCCCACAAGUGGUUAUGGUUCAAAGCAUGCAUGACAAUUGCAGAGUCAUUUGUUUAAAAACUGCCCUAAUUAUGUAUAAAGCAAGAGACAAUUUUAGAACAAAAGGGGCACAUGGAUGAGGAGAAUGGAACCUUUCCUUUGGGGAAUGGUCAUAGCUCAGUGAUAGAGCAUCUGCUUUGUUUGCAAGAGGGUUCUAGGCAACUUCAGGUAGAGCUGAGAGGGGCCCCAGUCUAAAACUUUGGAGAGCCAUUGACAAUCAAGGUAGGUAUUACUGAGCUAGAUGAAGCAAUGGUCAAACUUACUAAGAGGCAGUUUCCUUUGUUUCUCCCACCACCUUCUGUUCCUAGGUUGCGUUCACACAGCAAUUUAUUUGGGGCAUCCCCAAACUCGGCCCUCCAGAUGUUUUAGGACUACAAUUCCCAUCAUCCCUGACCACUGGUCCUGUUAGCUAGGGAUGAUGGAAGUUGUAGUCCCAAAACAUCUGGAGGGCCAAGUUUGGGGUGCCUGCCCUAACUCUUAAUUUCCACAUUAUAUUUGAGCUUUCACACAAUGUAAACCCCACUUCUGGGAAUCUAGAGGAAGUUGAGAGUUCAUUUCCGUGUUAAUUGCUUCCAGGGGAAAAAAAUCAUUUGCAAAUCCAUUAACCCAGAAAACUGCGGGGGUAAAGUGACAAAAUUAGGGGCAGUAGACCAGCAUACAGUUCUUUCCUGCCUAUUUUAUGGGAGAAAGCAUACAGGGAAAAGAAGCACACACAUAUGGAAAGGGUGAGAGAGUAGCGACAUCGCCCAGUGACAUUUGUUGUGCGUCACAGCACACUCACGGGUGUGACUGAAAUUUAGCAUGAUGUGCUAGUAUAUUGGUCAGAAAGCCAUAGUUCCAGAAAGCAACUGCUAUUCUAUUAAAUCAUUAUUAGCAGGCAUCAUUUUACAGUCUGAAGAACCAUUCCUCCGCUACAAUAAUAAGUAAAAUGUCCUCUCUCCAAUCAAAAAAUGAAGAAAAGCCUUAAUGUAAUAGGUAAGUACAGGCUUCCUUAACCUCAGCCCUCCAGAUGUUUUGAGAUUACAAUUCCCAUCAUCCCUGACCACUGGUCCUGCUAGCUAGGGAUCAUGGGAGCUGUAGGCCAAAAACAUCUGGACGGCUGAGGUUGAGGAAGCCUGGAUAAGUAGAACAUGUCUUUGGAACAUUUUGAAAUGUUCCCAAACAUAUAGCCUUGGAAAGAGUUCUGUAUCGUAUCAAAGCUUGUACACAAAUACCAGGCCAAUCUUUGUGUUUUCUGUGUGUUUUGUUCUGUGGGGACUACACAAAGAUGUAGUCCCCGCAUUAUUUUAGGUAUUUACUUUAUUGCAAUGCAGUCUUCAAACUGAAGAAAAGCAAUCCAUUUAAUAGAAAAAAUCCAUUUAAUAGAAAAAAAUAUUUUUAUUCAAGUAAAUUUUUUGGAUAUGUGAACUGAAAUUUCUCAGAUGUCCAGGAUAAAUAUACUUGCCUUUUUACCCCAUAUCUAUGAGUCAGGUAGUCCUACCUGCCUAAUAGUUUGGCUGGAAUUCACUCUUGGAUGCUUUUGUAAUUUCUUUCCUUUCCUGAAUCCAGUGAAGAAUAAAAAUUACAUUGAUUAGUCAGCAUUGCAGAAAGAUGAAUUGCUUAGGAUGGAAAUUAAGGACCGAACUAAGCAUUCUACACCAGAUGUUGGUAACAUUUGCCUGCUAGUUCUGUUUGCUUUUUAUGAAAAGCAGUCUUCCAGCUUCAAUCAUUAGCCUUCAAAAUUCACACUUCUCGAAAUUAUGCAAUUCAGUUCUCCAACCCCAAAAUAUGUACAAAACACAUAUAUAUUAGUGAAAAUAACACAGAAAAUGGGGACAUUGCUUGUAAAAAUAUGUGCAUUAGGUAACAUUGCAUAAAAAUGAAUAUAUUAGAAGAAAUGCUGGUGAAUUUCCGUAAGGACUUUAAGAAAAAAAAUAUUAUAAAGUGUACGAUAAAAUCCAAAAUGGCAGUUGUCCAUCGCUAGCUGCAAUGUCCCUCUGGAAUGUUUUUAAGGUGUGAGAAGCUUCAUCUGAGUACUCCUCGUGUUGCAGUACUUAUAUUUUCAAAGGAUCCACAGAUCACAUGGACUAAUCAGCUGACAAGACUGUUUUUCAUUUCCUAACUUGUUUCCUAACAUUUCCAUCUAUGUCUUCGACUAGCCAUAACUAGUGAGCAAUAGGUUGUUGUUUUUUAAAUGGUUACUCUUUGCCACCAUACUAGUCUUCAUCAAAAAAUAUAUUGGAAAUAUAUAUAUAUAUAUCCUGGGUUUGGCCAGAGUUUACAUCUUCUAUACUUUUGUGCUGAUAGUAUGAACAAUGAAAAAUGCAAGUUAGUCUAAGAAAUCAAUAAACCUGGCUUCAGAUACUGCUUCUUUUCUUCUGUAUGACCCAUCAGAUGAUACCAAGUUACGAAAAGACAGUAUGUAUGUCUCUCUGUAUUGUUAUGAGUUUGUGGGUUCAAGACACCUAUAAUUUAUGGAUUUAAUAGGUGUUAGAAUUUAUUUAAUGCUUGUAGAGUUAAACUGGAAGUCAGACUCUUAGUAGUAGCUGGAUUCGUCUUCCCUUGUUAGGAGAUCACCUGACAGAUAUGACAUUAACAGAGAACAAAGACAAGGAGAUGGGCCAUCAUCAAAGCAGAGACUCUCUGCGCAAAUGGGUAGAGCUCCACCCUGAGCUCUGAGAUUGGUAGUCAGUAGACAAGGCCAGAGAUUUUGUUAGGAGGAAGUUUUAGUAUUUCAGCUUUCUGUGGCAUGAUCAAGGGGGAAAGGUAUUGGUCUGUUAAAAGCAAGUGAGAGAGUGGGGCCAGAGCACAAUGUGGACUACCUGCUUUGAAUUGGGAGACUGCAGCAGUGGGAGAGAUGGGAUUCUCUUGCAGUGUAAUGCUUUGAAGCACUACACUGUAGCGUCAGGUUAUAUAUCUGUAUAAAUAAACUAUAUAGCAUAAAGACAUGUAACAGUAUAUAAGGAGCUAGGAGCUCCAUGCAUAAAUCCCAGCAGAAUCCUGGGAGCUGUUCUGUAUGUCAUAGCUGUUUGACAUCUCAAGCAUAUUAAGAACCCUGGAUUAAUUUGCCUGCAUAAUAGUUGCAUGGGCCCACAAGUUUAAUUUGCCUACAGCUGUGUGUCUUUUCCAGGAAAAGGGUUCUUGUCUUCACAGAUUCUGCCAUCCUCCUCUUCCAUUUUCCAGACGGAAAUACCACAGCCUGAGAGUACAUCAGUAUGGGAAAGAAGAAAAAACCUUGAAAUAGAAAAUCAAGAACUGGGUAUAGACAACAGAAGAUUAAAGGCCAAGAUGAAGGAUCUUCAAGAUCUUCUGGACAGAAAAAGUAAAUGGCCUGCAAUUCAUCUGUGUGGAGAUCUCAAGAUACCAUACAGUGAACUGCUGGGGGGAAAUAAGGUACGAUGCUUAGUUACUUAAUUCAAGCAUUUCGGCAAGGGGUAGUUUGAGCUGUAGCAAAUACUUCUCCCACAUUUCAUCCUCAUCCCUGACUUCCACAUUUUAGAUGGGGCUCUCUUAUGGAGAAAGUGCCUAUACAGAGACCUGCAUCCAAGCUAGAAACCUGCACAUUCUACAGAGUUCUACACCUAAUGUGUGAACAUUGCAGUGGAGCCUAAAAGCUGCAUAAUUUUGGAGGUGGAGCCAGUGGUGGGACCCUUUUCUACACAUGAUGCCACCUGACACAACUCAUAGCAGAAGGGAGCUUUAAUUGAAUUUACUAUCAGCAUUCUUUUCUGCAUAAAAUAUCAAUUACCCGGUCAUGAUUUCUGCAUUAAACAUGUUAUUAAUUAUAUUUAUACUUCACACAAUAAUAGUACAAAUAAGCAUCAAAGGAAUAUUAUUAUAGCUAUAAAAAGCACUUAUUUUUCAAUGAAUAUUUGAAGAUAAUUGCUUUAGCAGUCUGCCAAAAGUCAGGGGUUUUUGCAGUGGGUCAGCCAAACAGAAUUUUAUAGGAUGCAUCCACAUUGGCUGUUUGUGCAUGAUCUGCUAUGGUUAUAUGUGAUAUUCAUGAUUUCAGACAAUAGCUUGCAUUGUAAAUCACCAGAAUAUUCAUGAAAGCAUAUCUAUAGCAGCCUAUAAGACUGCUAUAUCUGGAUGAUCGUAACACUAUUAAGAAGCAAUAGAGUUAGAGUGGAUCAGGACACUGAUCAAAUAAAUUCCUCUCGUGUGUUUAGAGUUUGUUUUGAAUUGCUUCUUUUUGGUAGCCCAGACCAGGACCACAUCUUAUGGGAAAAAAUAAAAUAAAACAACAAGAUAAUGUAGCAUGAACAGAAGAUCAUUUAUCUUCAUUGGAUGUGUUGCCAGUGCUUAAUUUGUAAAAUGAGUGGUGUCAGUGCUCAACAGUGCCAGAUGCUAUCACAGGAGCUUUGGGCUGACUGUCAAUACAAUACUGGGGGGUGGAAUUCUGCAUUUACAUAGAGGCAUUUAUCCCUCUCGCCAAAUGCAAAGGAUGGCAUGCAAGUCUAAGAGUUUGAGGAUCUAGUUGUUGCUGUUGGAAUGGAUUGUGGGGUUUAAGUCAGGCUGGCUUUAAAGGUACACCAGGAAAAAAACAGAAUACCCAGCCCUCAACAUCCCAAAGUACAAAGACUCUACAAUUUACUCAUUAGUCAAAGAAGUCUUUAGGUUUCCAUUUUCUAGACAGGCUAGAAGCCACCAAAGAUAUAGAGCUGGGAUAGGUGGAUAGCCAGUGUUGUGCCCUCCAGGUGUUAAUGUCUAUAACCCCCAUUAUUCUUAGCCAAUAGUUGUGCUCCAUGGAGCUGAUGGAAGUUGAGGUCCAGCAACAUUUGAGGGGCAGCACAUUGGGUACCCCUGUUGUAGACAUAAGAGAAAGGGAAGGGGGACAGAUAAGGAACUAAGGCUAGAGAAAGGGGGAACCAGCCUGAACAGGAGACACCACAGAACAAAAAGGAUGUGAGAUUUGGAAAAAUCCAUCCCAAGUUAAAAUCAAGAAGCCAAAGGAAAUAGUUUGGGGGUAGCAUUUACAAGUCAAGCAUUUAUUUAUUUUUUAAGUUCUUACUAACUUUGCAUUCACUGGUCUAGAGGAGCAGCAAUUAUUCUCAAUGUGUGUAGUAGUUCCAUGCAUUAUUGCUCACUUGGGCAGCUGCCUCAAGGCCAAACUAAAUGAGACACCAUUCAAGCAAUUAGCUUUUUAAAUAACGGCAUGAAUGGGAGCUUUCCCCUUUAUGCACAUAGCAGGUAUUGGGGCUUGAUCCAGACUGAGAACCAGGGAAAGGAUAAAAGGUAAAAGGUCCCUAUCCUGUGUCAGGGUCCCAAUCCAGAUCAGCACCCUUGUGCUUGCUAUUUACAUUAAAACAACAACAACAUCAUCAUCAACAACAACACUGGUAAUUGUGUGACUGGUGUCUUAUCAAGUUUGGUCCUCAAUUAAUACUUUAGCUGGUCCAACCUACAUUUGAUUUCAAAUUCCCACUUGGAUGCCAACAAUCAAGUGAUUGACAAGAGAACUAUUUACAAAGGAAAGGAAAAGAAAAGAAAAGAGAGAGUCAGUCAUAGGAGCUCCAUUCAUACGAAUACAGUUCUAAACCAGCUUUUUCAACACCACUGCUUUCUGCACAAGAACCAGCCUAUGGACAUUGCAGGAGGCUGGACUAGAUGAUCCUCAGGGUCUCUUCCAACUCUACAAUUCUAUGAUUCCAUAUCAGAGUUGCUACCUCUGAGAUAUAUACCUCAGAUAAUAGGCUCCCACCCUUAAAUAAGUAACUCGUGUGACUGUGCCUCCCUGCUUUAGCAGUGUUUCUUGUUGUCAUUGAAAGAAAAAUAGCCGAAGUGUGUAAAGAAAAAUAGAGAAGUGUGUAGCCUUCUCUUUUCGAUCAUGAGCACAAUGCCUUGGGGAUAAAUGUUGAGACAAGAUUAUAUCUGAAUUUGGACCAACUGUGUAUUUCUCUGUUCCAUGGAGAAACUCCAGUUACAUGAAACUUUUAGACUAUACUAAAAACAAAAUAUGGGUUUUAUUUCACCAGGCUUUUGUGUUGACCCCUUUACUGUGAUAGAAUAACGCAUUAUUACUUUUCCACCUUUCCAUACAGUUUCUAUGACCGGUAUAUAUCAUAUUUCCCUUUAGCCCUACUGCCAAGUUUUUUAGACAGCUGCCUUGAUUGCAUGAAAGAUGUGUAUCAAAUCUAAUCUUCACUGUACUUGAAACUUUUAAAAAACAACCUACAGUUUUUUUUCAAAUAUAUUAUGAAUGACUGUAGGAAAUGUGGUUUUACUGUAUUUUAUUAGAGAUAUAAAACAUAGGAAUCAAAAUGCUUUACGUGGCCUAUGCAAGUUUUAUAUACUUCAACUUUUAACUACUCAUAUGACAGGCUGAAAGCAGGGAAAUAUAUCAUUCACAUGGAAAUUCAUAUCUAUGUUUUAAAAAACAUUUCCCUAAAACUAUAUUUGCGAUCAUAGCAGCUCAUAGCUUAUCUUUAAAUACAUACAUGGGUUACAAGCUUUCCCAUGUCAAGAAUAGCAAAUUGAUGACUACCAUCAUUUGAUCUGGAUUAAAUAGAUGGUUGGAAGGUGUGUGGGGGGGGAGAGAUUCAGACUAGAAGCAUUAGAUGUAUUUUAAUUUCCAGCGAUAUAGUGAGUUUAUCUGGCUAAGUUUCCAAUGACCUAACUAAUCGGCUUACAAACUGAUACUGUAUGCUGUUACGGAGAGAAAAGAGAAAAGGGAUGCAGUGGUAGCAGGAGGAAAAACAAGCAGAGUAAGGAGGUCCAUUUGCUUUCAGAUACGAAGUGGAGCCUAUGCAGGUUCAUCAGAGUCACUGGGUCAUCAGCCCCAUAAGUUAUACCUGUUCUCCACCCGCUGCAUUCACUUGCAAACACUUCCCACCUCCCUAAAAUGGGACAAUUUCAUUUAGCCUAAUGUAUAGCAUGAGAUCAUUCAUUCUUAGCCAGCAGACCUGUCCAUAGUGAGGAAUUAACUCUUUAUUGUCAAAAGUACACUUACAAGUUAGGAAAGGGCAUGUCUAUCAAUCCCAGGUCUCUUAGCUACUCCUUGGUGUGCACCCAAUACAGCAACAGUGAGGCCCCGCCUCCAGCCUCUGCUUAUGUAUCUCCCCCACCUGGGCUGCAUGCAAGCAAAGAACAACUCUGCCUGCAUGAAGGGCCAUCUUUACCGGGGGGGGGGGGGCGGAGGGGUUUCUGUACAUCCCCAGUAUGGAAGAGACUGCGACCCACAUCUAGUGGAGCUGUGGGCAUGCGUUAGCAGAGUUCCUCAAGAAGCGAGACUGUGUAGGUAUGCAGCAUCAAGAAUUUUUCUUUAUUUACAGCAAAUCAAAACAAAAAAACAUGGCUAGUGUGAACAGCAUCUCACACAUGCAUCUUCUCUGUUUGAGAGCAGAGAACAAAAAGCAGAAGAACAAAAGCACAAAGAACGGAAGUUCUCUGGUAUGAGUUUCUGUUCCCACACUUUCAGCAGUAUGGAAUGUAAAUAAGGAUCACAUGAUCCAGCAAUGAGAGAAUGAAUUACUGUAGUACUGUACUGACAUCCUCCCCCAUUUCAUGACAUCAUUGCUACAGACUUCAGGAGAGUUGCAGCUUAUUUACAAAUACACUCAGUUGUUCCUUGUUAACAACUUUUGACAACAAAUCAGCAGGAAUUUCCUUUCCUGGCAUAUAGGACACAUUUAUGAGCUCCCUGCGGAUACAAUCCCUUGCAUGACAUAACUUGAUCUGCAAGUAUUUGGUUCUUUGCUUACACCCUUCAGAAUUAAGCAAAGCUAAGCAUGAUUUGUUGUCCUGAUAAGCCUGUAUAGGACAUGACACAGUAUGAAAUGUAAAUAAGGAUCACAUGAUCCAGCAAUGAGAGAACAAAUUACUGACAAGGGGUGCGGGGCACCCGGGCGCCGAAUUCUGGGUGGUGCCAGGUGGGAGAGCAGGGAGAGCUCUCUGGAAAGUCUCGCUCACCAAAGCCAGGAGGAGGGGGAGUGACAGGAAAGAGGGAGAGACAGACAGAAAGAGAACAUGCCUAUCCAGCGACAGGAGCACGCACAUGCUCCAGAACCUUUCCAAGAAGAACUUGUAUAUGCGCAUUCGCAAGGGCCCUCCCAGCUCCUCUAGAAAUAAGGUUGCUCCCACAAUGAAAGGCUGCCCAAGAUGGCUCUCCACAUGCAUGUGCACAAUGCCCGCCCAUCUCAUUUUUCAGACACCUCCCCAUGACCGUAAGUGCAUGUGUGGAGUCUUUACACUGACUCUCAGUGUGUGGAGUCAGGAGAAGGAAGGGUGGAAGCCCUUGACACUACACCAGUCUAACCAGUCUCUUCCUCCUCCUGCACCUGUUCUUCACUCUCCAGUCGUGCAGCUUCUCCUGCCUCUGACUCUCGUCUCCUGGCUAUUGCAGGCUCUCCCAGUUCACCAGUCCUUCUUCCAAGCGCUCAACUCCUAGAGCCCACUCAUCUUAUUUAGAUAUAGGAACAGUUCAUUUGCAAGUAAUCAUGUUAGAUACAUUUUGUACUUCAUACGGCCUGCUUUACAGUUUUGUCAUGGCUGCAUGCUUUUCCUGGGACCAGAAUGUUUCAUGUUUUCUGUUUGACUUCUAAAAGCCAUUUGUGUCCUGCUUCAAUGUUAGUGGUUAAGCUGGUUAUCGAAAACUAUAGUGUGAUCAUUUUUAGCAGCUGAACUGAACUUUCCAAGGUGUCUAUUUCAUGAACUUCUGAUGAAAUUCCAUUUUAUGAUGGCCCCAUCUCAUUUACAUUUAAAUCUAACCACUUUCAGACAUUCUUCUGAAAUGUGUGAAUAGAAUAGUUUAAUUUCAAAAGUGGGGAUUGAAAGUGAGAUUGUAGAAAGUUUAUACGGGCAAUUUAUAUUCUAGUGAUUGGGACACGGAUAUUUAAAAGGAGACCUGGGGCAUUGUGAUAAUCAAUUAAUUCUGUCUGAAAUGGAAACGUUAAAUCUAUGCUUAUCACUCAUGUUUUGACAUUUCUUUGAAAUGCAAGCGCCAUUGCAUAUAUUUAUAUCUAUGACUUCUGAAUAUAGAUAAAUCAGUCUUGAUUCAAAAUACUGUUAGAAAUUGUUGUUCAGUUUUUCCUGUUUAUUUCAUAUAUCCGGCAUUAGAGGGACAUUUAAUAUGCUAGAAGUGCAAUCCUAACCUCUGAUCCAUGGCACUGGAGACGCUUAGGAAGAGGAAAGCUUAUCCCUCCACUCACAUGGUGUGGGAGCUCUUCCACCAUGGAUGUCCUGGCCUGCCAUUCAUAAUGAGGAAAAAGAAAUAAUGAUCACUCUGUAUUCUUGAGUGGAAUGGGGGAGGACUAUAGCUUUUCCUGAUCUGAAUCAUAAGGAUUGCUUUUCUAAUGAGUGGUUAUAAAUAAAUAAAACACAUUGCAUGGUAAUAUGACCUGAAAGUAGGCUGUGCCACCGCAGUAGAAAAGUUGGUUUGUUAAUGUAUAUAUACAUUUGCCUUCAUUGGUUUAAUCAAAACUGCAGAUCACAUAUCCAGUACACAUUUAAUAUUAAUAUUGUACUUUAAAAAAAAAUGCUUCACAGGUGGAUUAUAGCCCUAUUUGCUAACGUUCGGAAAAUGUUCCCAUAGGAUAAGAAAAUACAUUACCACUCCCUGAAGGCAACUUUGAAAACAGUGGAUGCAUGAGUAACUUCUUGUGCAAAAUACAUGACUCUUGUAUAUAUCUCCCUACAGAUCACUAUGUAUCUGUGUAAUUCCCUAUCCACGUCUGCAGCCUCCCCAAUCAGCUUCAGAGAAUUGGGGGACAAUCAAGGACAUUGUGGAAGGUAGUGUGGGGCACUGCAAGGGCAGAGUCCUGAGGCACCCCACAAGUGAGAGCCCAGGGGUCUGGACACUCAUUCCCCCCCCCCACUUUCUGGACACAGUCCAGGAGGAAGGAGCAAAACCACUGUAUAACAGUGCCCCCAGCUCCUUUAGACGGUCCAGAAGGAUGUCAUGGUCGAGAGCCCAUCACCCAGCCCUUCCUGGCUCGCUUUUAUGACCCAGGGCAAGGAUCAAGGAGACAGGUGGUCGGUUUCACUCAUCCAAGCAGCCUAUCCACAUCCUUGGAGGUAACAGAUUGGAACUGAUCCCACACAAGUUAACUAGAUAGGACUCUGGCACUCUCCUGCCCCGGCCCUGCUCCCACGGUGGUGUCUACCUCUUUCCGAAUCUGAGCAACUUUAUCUGCAAAAAACUUUGCAAAAUCAUUGCAGGAGAUCUUGGGGUCGUCACCAGGCAUCAGUGGUGGAGGUGGUUCUGUUAGAUUGCAAACCACCUGAAAGAGUCUCCUGCUGCUGUUUUCGGCAGAUGCAAUAGAGGUGGUGAAGAAGGUCCUCUUCGCCGUCACUAUUGCCACUUGGUAGGCUUGAUGUUUAGCUCUAACCCGUGUUCGGUCAGAUUCAGAAUGAGUUUUCUGCUGCUGGUGUUCUUGCCGUCUCAGCGAUUGUUUCAUCUCCCUCAGCUCUGGGGAAAACCAUGGGGCUGUCCGGGCUCCAUGCAAUCGGAGAGGGUGCUUCGGAGCCAGACAGUCAAUGUCCCUGGUUAACUCCACAUUCCAGCGGACCACCAGGGAAUCAGCUGAGAGGCCAUCAACAUGGGAUAAAACAUCCCCUACCACUUUUUGGAAACCAUUUGCAUCCAUUAAGUGGUGGGGGUGGACCAUAUGAAUCGGUCCCACCUCCCUGCAGAGCAGAAGGGUUGUGACUUUGUCUUCACAUGAGUGUGUAAACUGAUGACUUACAUCUCAGAAAAUGCUUUUGCAAUUUUACCUCAAAAUAUGCUUCAUUUUAACAGAGGAAAAUACCAACCAAUGGAGGUAGUGCAGCUGAUGUUAAGUUUAACUUUACAUUGCCAAGAUAACUAUGAGUAAUUAGAUAGAUCUAAACUUUACAGCAGAUACUAAGAAUGACUAAGCCAAGGCCUUGAUUGGUAAGGGCAGAGGAGUAAAGUAAGCUGUUCUGCAUUGUACUGUGGGUAGUUAUACAAGCUGUGAAAUGCAUAAAGAAAGCAGGAGUAAUAACAUUUUCUGGGAUUUGAGGAGGAAGAAAACAAAUGGGUAGAUUUAUUAUUAUACAGUAGUGCAAUAUCUCAUGAAAGAUGAACUUGAUGAAUUGCUUCACAAAUCACGAAGAGUGUUAAUAAUAAUGACAGAAUGUGAAUACUUAGUGUUUGAAGAAAGCUGGAGAUUUGUUAUUUAUAAUAUCAGCAAAUUCAAAAUUGGGAGAGUUCAGCAUCUAGUCUCCCCUUCAACCUAAAAGUUGUUCAGAGUUCAAGCCCAGUUCAUACCGAGCUCACCUGCAGCCUGAUAUAUCUGCCAGUCCCCUCACUGUCCAAGGAAAUUUCCCCAUGUGAGGAAAAGGGGCAGAAACCAGCAGUGGGGAGGGCUCUCUGGUGACCCUGUUUCAUCCUUAAGGGCUGGAUACUCCUGAAAAUGGAUCUAUUUCUGUGAAGGGCUUCAACAGCAAAUAAUAGGUACAGUCAAACCUCGUUCUGUGUCCACCUCCGUUUGCGUACGCUUCGGCGAACAGGUUACUUCCAGGUUCGCCACUCACUCAUGCGCAGAAGUGCUAAAUCACACUUCGCGCAUGCACAGAUGCUGCACUUCGAUGUGCAUCAUUUUUCGGGUUGCAGCAGGGUCUCUGAAACAGAUCCCCGCCGUAAGCCGAGGUUCCACUGUAUAACAGGAAUGAGUGGGAAGAUGUUGAACUGCCCACCAUAAAACUGCUGGUGUUCCAGCUGAAGUGACCUCUCCCUGUCCAAACUGACACCAUCAGACUAUUCAACAAUCAUCCUUCCCUAAGAGCAAGGGUUGGGGAAUCAGUAGCUCUCUAGAUGUUGGACUACCUAUCACCUCUGGGUCUGCUAGCUGGGGUUGGUCAGAGAUUGAUUCUAACAAUAUCUGAAGGGCCAGCGGUUCGCCUCCCCUGCCCUAGAGAGAGAAGAAAUAUGACAUUCAAACAGGUUUUCCCCCUCCUGUAUCUUGCCUUUACUGUUUCAUUGAUUUGAUGUUCUAUAGAAAUCAUUUUGUCAGGUUCUCCUGAAAAGCAGCCUAUGAAAUCUAUAAACAAACGAACAAACAAUAGUUUAAAACUGUUUCUCAGCUGGGAAGGGGGAAUUAUGUUCCAUCGGAGAAUAUUUGCCAGUGCAUGCAAUUUAUUUUGCAAUAUGUAGGUCAGGAAAAUAGAUAAAGAGGAAACUCUGGAAGUUGAUUUUUUCUGGCCUUACAUUGUACAUAACUAACACUAACUUCAGUAGACUUGCACAUGGGUAUUUACAGAACGGCUUGUGUUGAAAACCCGUGUGUUGUAGUGGUCAGAGGGCUCCCUACUCAGCCAUGAAGCUCACUGGGUGACCCAGGGAUAGUCACUGCCUCUCAGUAUAACCCAGGGCAGUCCAACCUCUCAGUACAAGUGGGCCACAAGAGUACUUUGACACAGAACCCAGGGGCCACUCACUUAAUUGAAUUUUGCAAUAUUGUUAACAUUAUUUCAUACAGACAAGUAAUAUAUUUAUUUAAUUAAAUAUAUAUAAUCAAAUACACAAUUAAUACUAUUAAUUAAUAUAUUAAGCAGAUCAUAGCCAUUUUUUUUAAAAAAAGAAGUGACCGAAAAGAUCCAAAAACAAGGAGACUGCAGAGCAUAAGGGGAGUUGCUGGGUGCAGGCAAGACCAUGAGCAGGAAAGAGAAGGGUGAGGGAGAAAACAAGAGAGUUUUUACUGGCUUUUGGUGGAAGAACAAGGGCUGGGAGAGAGGAAAAGAGCAUGUAAAUGAGCAUCUCUUAUAAAGGGACACAAAAGCAAUUGGGCCAAUGCAUGAGUUUGGAAACUUAUUUGUUUGUUGCUGUAGUAAUACCAAGCCUACAAGUCCAUUUACCUUUUUCAGUCUGAGAGACUGCAUCCAAUGGCAGACAGAAUCUUAACAAUAUUCUAUUGAACCAUCAACUCAACUACCAAUAGAUUUCCCUGACCAGCAAUCUCAUAGACUCCUCAUGUGUUAGUUUCCUUUUACAGGGUGAUGGGUGAAAUCUUUGUCUUUUAAGGGUAAAAGACAAGUUGCCUGGUAUUUUGAUCAAAUAAAAGCUCUGCAGUCAUCUUGUGUUAGAUUUCCAAAAUUUAUGGCAAGCACAGCAGAAAAAAAUUCUUUAUUUUCCCCCUCCUGUGUGACAGCUGAAACCUCUUCCACAGAUGACUCUGUCAUUAUGCACCGUCUGUUUCUUUACAUUAAUGGGCCGCAAUGUAUGCAGGGAAAAUUAAUCUUAGGAGAGCCAACAUUAUUUCAUGCUUCAUUACAUGAAAUGCCUCCUAACUCUUUGAUUAUAUGUAAAAAAAUUGCCCCCGAGGAAGGAAAAACCCCCUCAAAAACCUAGCCUAUGAUGUACAAACUAAUGAAUUCUCAUUAGAUGAGAUGCAAUUUCUCAUUAUUUUAAUUUUUCCUUACAAGAACUCAGUGUGGAAUGAAAGCUUAGCUACUGUUUCAUGUGAGACACACUUAGAUGCACUUAAGUGGAAACUUAUCUAUAAACUGGGUUGUCAAUAUAAGCUUAGUAAUAGUAUUAUCCUUACUAGAUUAUUGCUAACAAAUGUAAGGUUUAUACAGUGGUACCUCGGGUUAAGUACUUAAUUCGUUCUGGAGGUCCGUUCUUAACCUGAAACUGUUCUUAACCUGAAGCACCACUUUAGCUAAUGGGGCCUCCCGCUGCUGCAUGAUUUCUGUUCUCAUCCUGAAGCAAAGUUCUUAACCCGAGGUACUAUUUCUGGGUUUGCGGAGUCUGUAACCUGAAGCGUCUGUAACCUGAAGCAUAUGUAACCCGAGGUACCACUGUGUAGUAUAUGACAAAUCAAGUGCAGUUUUAAAAAAGUGUUUGAUAGGAUUCAACAGAGUUGUAGUAGCAACAAACUCUGCUUCACAACAUAUUGGUGGUGGUGAUGAUGAUAAUCCUUCCCUUUCUCCCAAAGAAACACAGGGUGGCAAUCAUAUCCCACAUCCUAGUUGCUCCCCAUCCCCAAACUAAAAAUCUCCUAAAUCUCUAGCCUUUCUUUUAUGAAAAAGGUGAGACUCCUAAUAAUAGGUAUGUGGACACAAUAGUUUUAGGUUAACUGAAUACCAGCUAUGUCCAGGAAAUUUUGGACACAUGGCAACCCUAGUAUAACUACAAAAUACAAAAUAUUGUCUAUUCCAGGUCACCCAACCACUGUCACAGUGUCUUUUCUCCUGGCAGAUCAAGAGGAGGAGAUGACAGCAAAGGUUGCAAGGCUUUUAGCUGGGGCAAUCAGAAUAAGGUCCACUAUCUGACUGCUGAUUCAGGAUCCUAAACUUUUUAUUUUGUUCUGUCUAUAUCACAAUUUUUUGUUGCUAUGGCUGACGCAAAUAAAGUUUCAUUCAUUCAUUCAAAAUACCAUGAAAUAACCUAGAUUUCCAAAAGCAAGCCAACAGGUUCGCAACAGCAUAUUUUAAUAUGUUGUGUCCCCGCCCCCAACUUUGCACACACAGGGCUGUGUGUGUGUGUAGCUGCUACUUUUGUUCAUUUAAAGAAAAAGUGCAAUAAUUAUUUUUUUUUAAUAUGGUGAUGCUUCAAUGUCAAAAGGUUUUUUUGGGGGUAGUAGUAGUCUGCCCUGCAACUUCCCCCAACCCCCUGCUUAUCCCCCUUCCACGCUUAUAAUCUCUCCACACCCCAGUGGAUGUUUUAGCUUGUGGUUACAGAAGCAUGUUUACAAGGGAAGCUUCCUUUGCAGACAACUGGGAGUUAAUUCAGAGCAGAGAAGAGGGAAAUGGUUAAGCACUCUGCUCCAUCAUUGCUUCUUUUGGUUUCCGUAUGGGAAAACAUGUAAACACUCCAGCAAUUCUGGAUGAAUAGUCACUGGUGUAUAAUCUCUCUGUAUUAUCUUUUAUGGAGCAUUAAUUCUGAUUUGUUUACAUAGUGUAACCUCUGUGUAAGCUUCUUGCAAGCAAAUCAGGAUGAAUGCUGAAUAAACCAGUCAUCUAGAGAAUCUUGAUGACCACUGAGUAAAUCAAUAAUCUAUGGCAGGAAUGUCCAACCGGUCGAUCGUGAUCUACCAGUUGGUCGCAGAACGUCCCUGGUCGAUCUGGGUCAAUCGGCCAAAAGGGGGGGGGGAGCUCAACAACUAUGGUCAAUCCAAUGGUUAGAUCACUGCCAGAUUUUUUAUAUAGUGGGAGUAGAUCACAGUCUCUUGGGAGCUGGACAUGCCUGAUCUAUGGCAUGUGUAGUGAACUGCAUUAUAGGCAAAUUUUAGGAAACGUGACUGGUUUGAUGCAGUGGGCAGUGAGCCUAGGGAGUGCCACAGGGUGCCACAACUAUGAAGUAGUGAACUGAGCAGACCAGCAGGUGAGAGGCAAAGGGCGACACCAAAUUUAGGCCUUGCCACUGAAAUUUGAAAGACCAAACUCCAUCCCUGACUACUUGCUAUUUGAAAACAGGGAGGGUUUCCUUAAAAGAACAGGGCUAACUUCAGCUUUGUCCCUUCUCUGUACUACUGAGAAAACACUUCAUUAAACAUAUUAAAACUGACCAUGCUUUCCUUCUUAAAAGAGCAUUGAAAAGAGAAUACCUGAGACUGAAUUCAUAGCCUUCAUGCUUUCAGAAAGAGAGAGAAAGAACGCACUCACACAAAGGACCCAAGAUGUAAAAUGAUUGGAUACAUGGAGGUAAAUAAUGGGACAGUUUCUAAUCCAUAUUUCAGGGUCUCCAAGGGCUUGACAGUAACAGGUUUAGAAUGAAAAUGUUGCUAAAUAACCCCAAUAUGUCUACCAUAAAGCCAUUAUGCAUUGUCUUUAUUACAUGCAAAUUGCCUAGGCCCUGCCAGGUCAUACUGAUGCAAACCUUAUUGCUGAAGGUUGCCAGCACCAGUAGAGAGAUAAUGGAAGGAAAUGCCUUAACAAAUGCCUUAUCCUAGUAAAACGGUACAGGAAAAUGCACCAGCUGAAUGCACAAUUCUCUUGGUAUCAUUAUGCUGUGCAUGCAGUCAAGUUGGUUUAUAGUACAGGUGCUGCUUCCUAUUAGAUAAUGGUUCAUAACUGAUUUUAAUAGCGUGGCUUACUGGAGCAUGCUGAUACAAUGUUGCCUCAAGGUAUUUGUCAUAAAUGUUGAGGAAAUUCCUGUACAACAUCAGAAUUAUGUGCUCAUAUAACGGUGUCCUUUUUUCAUUAAAGUAGCACAUGGCCAUUAAUUAUUUGGUGGGACAUUUAGUAACUCCUAUAAAACCUUGCUCUUUUUUAAAAUUAUGUGUCACAGUCUAUAGUCUACUUCCAGUGGUUUACAGCAAAGGGUGGGGGGAAAUCUACGGAGUCAAAGGCAUAGAAUUGGGUUACAUUUUUGCUUUAAAGAAAGGUUAAACUUAAAGCACAUCUCACUUUAUAAAAGUUCCCUCUUAUUAAAGAUAGACUGCUUGUAAGGUGCCAUGGAAAUACUGAAUUGGUGGACAGUAUAGUAUAAAUACUAUAAAUACAUAAAUAAUGAUUCUGUGAUGUGUCAGGUUGAACAUAGCCCAUUGACCAUGCAUAUUGGUAAAACUGCCUGCAGAAUCAGGAGCCAGUGUGGUGUAGUGGUUAAGAGCGAUAGACUCGUAAUCUGGGGAACCGGGUUCGUGUCUCCGCUCCUCCACAUGCAGCUGCUGGGUGACCUUGGGCCAGUCACACUUCUUUGAAGUCUCUCAGCCCCACUCACCUCACAGAGUGUUUGUUGUGGGGGAGGAAGGGAAAGGAGAAUGUUAGCCGCUUUGAGACUCCUUCGGGUAGUGAUAAAGCAGGAUAUCAAAUCCAAACUCUUCUUCUUCUUCUUCUUCUUCUUCUUUGGCAGUCAACCUGGUCUAGGUUCGAAAGGCACUUCACUGCUGCUGAACAGUUCUGAGUUUGGCCAUGGUCUGGAUGGGGAAUCACUGGGAAAUCACCUAUGUGGCACAUUACAUUCAGUUCUGUCAUGGACAAAAGGUGGAUAUAAAAUGUAAUAAAAUGAAUUGUGUUUCAGUGGUUACACUCCUAGAACUUGGCCAAGAUCUCCACCCAGUUUUGUUCCACUUAAGUUUCAGUUUAGUGUCAAUGAAGAUCAUUCAUUCACAUAUUCAGAACCUUUAUUCAGAACCUUCUGUCUGAGUGUGAGCAUGGGACUCAGCUACAUUACUGUAGUAAAAAAAAAACAGUGUUUUGAAUGCAUUACAAAUAUGGAACACCAGAUGGCGUUGUAGAGCACAAAACUUUUCUAUGUGAUUUUACAUAGUGUUUUUUUCCUUUGGUUAUAACGAUUUAAUUUAUGACUUAUUUAUUGCAUUUUUUCCUGUGUGUAGAUCUACCCAUGUAUUUUCUAGAAAAAGAGGUGCCGGAGCUCACCAUGAACUUCUCCCUUGGCUUGUUCUCUUUCAAUGGCAAUGGUACCCACCUGAGAAGUGCCAGAGCUGAGUUCUGGUGAGCUCUGUCUGAAAAGAAAAGCCCCAACUGUAUAUCAUUCCCACUAUAAACAAACAAGACAUUCAUCUUAGUAUCAAAACCCAUGUGUUAAGAAUGCUACACAAAAUAACAUGUUCUUGCAUAUUCAGGAAGAUGGGAGGGGCCGUUGUGGUGGGGAGAUGUCUUGAGGGUAAGUAGAAAAGGAAAGCCAUGUGGGCAAAAAGUAGUUCGCCACCACUAUAAGAUUGAGGUGUUCAGAAGGUUAAUGUAGAAAGGCAGUCAGCUGAGACGUUUAAAAUUCCAAGUCUGCCUUUCACAGUUUUUGUUAUUACCUACCCCAGCAGCAAUUUCUAUGCAGGUGCUUGCUAUUUCCAAAAUGUUACAGAUCAAGAGACCCAUCUUAUAAAUAAAUUAUAAGGGAUUUAUUACUAGUGACCCAAAUAUAUGCUCACAGAUCUCAGGAGGUCUGCAAGGAGACACAUUUCACAGUGUGCAUGUGAGGUUUAGUAGCAUCUUUAAAAAUGCAGGUAAGUGAGAUUUGUUGAACAACCAAUGUAGCCUUUUUAAAAAAUAAAAAUAAAAAUCAUGUUAAAUGAAGCAUACUAGCAUAUUUCCAUAAAUCAUUCUCAUGGAGCAAAUUAUUCAGCAAGAAGUGCUGCGUUUUCAGGAUGCAGAAGGUCACAUGUCAAUCAAACAAAAACUGAUGAAACUAGUUAAAGAUCAAUUCUGUAAUCAAACCUCAGCUACUUGGAUAACAUUUACUGGGAAGCAGAUCUCUAAAAGAUGCCAGAGAAGGCUUGUUGGAAACAGAGGGAACUUCACUAGCUGGGGUCAAGUGAUCAGUAUGUGUAAUGGGGUAGGAACAGAAUUUAUUUUAUUUAUGUCCCAACUUUCCUAAAAAGUUCAAGGUGGGUAACAAAAGAAAGAAAAUACACAAAUGCAACACAAACUACAAAUGCAAUAAAAAAAUCCUUAAAAGCUAUCUAAAAGAAACAAGGACCCUAGAUCACAGGAAGGUUAAAAACAAUAGGAACAGGGUAGGAACUGAGUCACACGCUUCCUGAAUGCUCUGACUAUAUAUUUUGAUCACUAGUAAUAAGUAGAUGCCUUGAAGUGUAACUGUUUAGAAAUAGCCAGUCUUUACAUAUGGAAAUUGCUUUUAUUUAACUCUGACAAAUUCGAAAUUAGCAAUUGGGAACAAUAAGCACUUGGAGAAUAGAUUGGGCAAGUGUCAUAUAACUUUCUCCAACCCAUUCAUACAUGGACAGAAAUCUAAAUCAUAUACUUGGCACAUAAAGCUCUUGGUUCAAUUGCUGGCAUCUCUAGGUAGAGUUGGGAAAGGUUUCUAUAUCUAUAUCUAUAUCUCUCUAUCAUCUAUCUAUCUUAUGUGGUAUGUAUCCUGCAUACUAUAAUAGAACAUUGAGAUACCGUAUUUUUCGCACUAUAGGACGCACUUUUUCCCCUCCAAAAAUGAAGGGGAAAUGUGUGUGCGUCCUAUGGUGCGAAUGCAGGCUUCACUGAAGCCUGGAGAGCGAGAGGGGUCGGUGCGCACCGGCCCUCUCGCUCUCCAGGCUUCAGGAGAGCCCCAGCGCCAGCCCCACAAGGUCGGGGGACAGAGGGAGGCGGAACGCCGCCAUCCCGCUGUCUCCCGAAGUGGUUUGGAGGCUGACGGCGGGGAGAAGAGCGCUUCUCCCCGCUGCCUGCCCCCAAGCUCCGGGGACAGCAGGGAGACGCAGCGCGUCUUCCCGCUGUCCCCGGACCGGAUGUGAAGGCGGGCGGCGGGAGUAGAGCGCUUGUCCGCGCUGCCUGCCCCAAGCUCCGGGGACAGCAGGGGACGCAGCGCGUCUUCCCGCUGUCCCCGGACCUGAUGUGAAGGCGGGCGGCGGGGAGAAGAGCGCUUCCCCGCUGCCUGCCCCCAAGCUCCGGGGACAGCAGGGAGGCGCAGCGCGUCUUCCCGCUGUCCCCGGACCUGAUGUGAGGCGGGCGGCGGGGAGAAGAGCGCUUCCCCCCGCUGCCUGCCCCCAAGCUCCGGGGACAGCAGGGAGACGCAGCGCGUCUGCCCGCGGGCCCCGGACUUGAUAUCAAGGCGGGCGGCGGGGAGAGCAGCGCUUCUCCCCGCUGCCUGCCCCCCAGCUCCGGGGACAGCAGGGAGACGCAGCGCGUCUUCCCGCUGUCCCCGGACCUGAUGUGAAGGCGGGCGGCGGGGCGCAGAGCGCUUCUCCCGCUGCCUGCCCCCAGCUCCGGGGACAGCAGGGAGACGCAGCGCGUCUUCCCGCUGUCCCCGGACUUGAUAUCAAGGCGGGCGGCGGGGAGAGCAGCGCUCUCCCGCUGCCUGCCCCCAGCUCCGGGGACAGCAGGGAGACGCAGCGCGUCUUCCCGCUGUCCCCGGACUUGAUAUCAAGGCGGGCGGCGGGGAGAGCAGCGCUUCUCCCGCUGCCUGCCCCCAAGCUCCGGGGACAGCAGGGAGACGCAGCGCGUCUUCCCACUGUCCCCGGACCUGAUGUGAGGCGGGCGGCGGGGAGAAGAGCGCUCUCCCCGCUGCCUGCCCCCAGCUCCGGGGACAGCAGGGAGACGCAGCGCGUCUUCCCGCUGUCCCCGGACCUGAUGUGAAGGCGGGCGGCGGGGAGAGCAGCGCUCUCCCGCUGCCUGCCCCCAGCUCCGGGGACAGCAGGGAGACGCAGCGCGUCUUCCCGCUGUCCCCGGACCUGAUGUGAGGCGGGCGGCGGGGAGAAGAGCGCUCUCCCGCUGCCUGCCCCCAAGCUCCGGGGACAGCAGGGAGACGCAGCGCGUCUUCCCGCUGUCCCCGGACUUGAUAUCAAGGCGGGCGGCGGGGAGAGCAGCGCUUCUCCCCGCUGCCGGCCCCACAAGCGCCUGGGGGGGAAAUAAUUUUUUUUCCAUUAUUUCCCCCCCAAAAAACUUGAUGCGUCCUAUGGACCGGUGCGUCCAAUGGUGCGAAAAAUACGGUACUUCAGAAAACAGCGCUUCUUGAAGAAGAUGGAAAAACAUACUGAAAGGUCACCCUGUAGCAAAAAGCCUGGUGGUGAAAUAAGUCCUUGGUUAUAAUAUUAUCUUAAAGAGUCUUGCCUUGACUGUUUGAUUUAUGGAUUCAGUCAAGCAUUUUAGCUGUUUGCUAAUUGUAAGUUCAAAUUAGAGAUGGUGCAAGACUUUGAACGAGGGGAGCUCGUAUUGUGAGUCAGCCUGGUCUUGUUCUAGCUUGGCCCAAUUUGAAAUGGGAUUUUUACCCUGUCCCCGCCAUUGCCCAACUCAGGAUCCUCCUCCUUCAAACAAAAUAGAGCCCUGCCUAGCAGAAAACAGGUAGCUGGCAAGGUUGGGCAGGUUUCCCUUCACUGAAAAAUGGUGCUUUCAAAGCUUGAAAAGCCCCCUGAUCUGUGGCAAGAAAAGGCGCUUGGAGUACCAGUCUCAGCUGAGGAGAGGCGCUGUGAGUAGUGCCUGGUGACGCUCAAGAUGAUGAUGGUGAUGGGUGUGUGUUUGCUUAGGGAGAAAGGGAGGGCAAACUUGCAGAGGUCACCUUUUCAGGCUUCAAGUAUUCCCAGGAAAUGCUUAAAAAAAAUCUCACCAAAACCCCAGAGGUUUUUCAAGCAUUCAACAGGAACGCUUGACAAGCACCAAUGGUGUUUGGAGUGAACCAGGAAGAGAGGACUUGGCCCUUGCUAUGCAGACGCUGCUUAGUGGUAAUACAAAGCAGCGUAUCAGUGCUUUAAAUUGAAUAAAAAAACUAAUUAAUACUUUGCAUUACUAAAUAAUGCAAAUCAGUUCCAGGAUGUUUUGCAUAUAGUUUCCCCCCGCAGAUAGAUGAUAGAUAGAUAGAUGAUAGAUAGAUAGAUGAUAGAUAGAUAGAUAGAUGAUAGAUGGAGCAGGAAGAAAUAAUAUUUUAUCUGUAAUGUAUCAGGAAGAGGGUAGUGGUGUUUUGUGGGCGUAAAAUAUGCUUAUCUAAAGGAAUCUUUUAGCAUAUCUAUCUUGCAGUUAGCUGUUGACUUGUACAGUUGCUAUGGUAAAUAUUAGUUCAUUAUCCCACCCUUUUAGCAUAUUCAUAUACAAUUUUUUCUCUCUCAUUCAGACUCAUUGGUUUCCACUGAUAAUGAGAAUACUCACUAAGAGGUCACUUCUGACUACACUUUUGACAAAUGAUUGAGUUGAAAACGUAUAAACCUAGAGAUAAUAAACUUUGUGGCCACAUUUGGACGAUCAUCUAAGGCUUCAUAAACCAUGAUUUAUAGCAGCACACUCCUCCAUUCCUCCUCCCCUAUUUAGCUUUGACUGAGCUGUGACUCAGGCUAUUUUUUUAAAGUAGAUUUCAUUAAAUCCACCGUAUAUGCCUCUGCAGAGUCUUGUUUUAUGUUACAAGCUAUAGAAAACAUAUUCAGAAGAUGCUUCUACAUAUUGCAUGCAGGGUAAAUUCAUAUUCUGAACCAGGAUUGUGAAAUUUAAUGACAUUUCCCCCCUUGUAAUUUAAAGAAAAAAUGGGGGGGGCAGUUUCAAGUUACCCUAGUUUAUCGCUUCUCUGGUUAUGAAGUCACUUUUGAUUGUCAAAAUGUCAGGAUUUUAAUUCUCCCUAAUGUCGUGCCUUUACUUCAUCAGUGUGGUCAGUUUUGUUCACCAAUCCAAAUACUCUCUCAAUAAUACUUCAUAGCCAAUAGAAACUGACAUUAUGUGCUGAAGAAGUCUGUAAAAUGCUUGGCACAGAUACAGAUUCCAUUUCCUCUCUCUCUCUCCACCAAUCUUUACAUGUAUUUUCAGUUGUAGCUAUCAAAUAUAUCACUUCUGUUACAGAAGCAAGCUCUUACUGUAACAGCUCCUACAGGACAUUUGCUAUGCUUUCAUUGCUGCUGAAAGGUGACAAGUUUUACGGGAUCGAUGUUUCAGAGUCAAAUUCUGAAAUGGAAGCGGUCUUACAGUGUAGGAAAAGGAUUUCUGGAGUCCUUUCUUUUGGGUGAGUGUUCUUUUGAUGGUCACUAGGGAGCAAACAAUCUAGCUUAGGGUCAUUAUGCUUAAUGCAUAUUGUGCAGUUACAGUUCUAAAUGAACUACAGCCAUUGAUUUUAAUUCUUUCAUCCCUAGCCAUGGCAACCUGAACCUGCACUUCUCCCAGCACACAGCUACAAGAUUCAGAAGGAAAUGGCCAUUUUUGUUCUUUUCUCUUUUUCAACCAACCCUUGUAACUGUAUAGAUAAGGGCCAUUUAUUCCAGGAUGUACUGUGGCUGGGGAGGAAAGAGAUCAGCCACAUGCUGUAUACUGGGAUUCCAGUAACAGCUCCCUGCCUCUGACAGCUGUGGUUAAUUUACGAAAAGCAAGAAGUAACUGCAUGCAGCAAAUUAAGCUAAAAUAUAAUUGAGGUACAUAUGUGCUCACUAAGGCCUUACAUGAUGUCCACAGGAUCUCACCUCUCUGGCUGCGACCCACUGGAAUUUGGCUUCAAGGAAGCACUCUGUUGUAGCCAAUAGAAUAGGUUGCUUGGUGUUUGUGGUAUGUCUGUACUGCUUGUGACAGUUUCUUUGGUUUGCAAAUGUGCCCACAGGAGCAAAAAUGUUGGUGUUAGAAGGCUGGAAGCAAGGUUGCUAUUCUAGCAUAAAGCAGAACAGCAAAGAUCAGGUGCUGCUGAAUCAUCAUUCCCCACUCACUUUAUUAUCAUCAUCGCCCUGCCAUGUUAAGUAGCUUGUGCUGAAGUACAGUAACUGCCCCAGUAAUUAAACCUGGCUCUCCUCACCCUAGUUCAACCGCCGGGCAGGAUCUCAGUGGCCUAAGGAGAUCAGCUAAUUCUAGGGAACCUCUGGAGCUCUUCCUGCUAUCAGGUAGCUUCACUGAGUUCUGGGUGAGACCUAGGUGGAGAGUCGGCUGGAGAAGGAGCUAAUCUGUGGAAUUCUCCAACAAAUUUUGCCCAUUCCUAAUUGAGAUCUGUUGCUUGUUUCCCCUCUCCCCCACUUCUUUCUUUGCAAUCCUUUUUAUUAUAACCCCCCCCCCCAAUUCCUUUCAAUCUCUCUCAAGUUCCAGAGAUUUCAUUUCCCCCGAUACUUGAUCAAACCCUUAUUGCUAAUCGGUAAACACUUCCUGCUAGAAUAUGCUGACAAUGCAGCUUUAUUGAAACAUGUCUAUGCAAUCAUAUUUCCUAUUUGAGGAAAUGUUUUGGCUUCUUUAUCCUUUCAGUCAAUCAGAAUCUUUUCUGGGAAAAUAGUUCCAUGUCCAUUUUUCUUUUUGCCGGUGCUGUUGUUGUUCCACAAAAGCUUAUUACAUUUACUGCUGAAUGCCAUCUGCUUCUAGAUACUAUAGAUUAGUGAGAGCUGUGGCAUGCCUUUUGAAAAAGGCAUAUAACACUGUGAUGUAUGGUGCACCAUUAUGAUCCAAGAUCAUUUUAAACUUCUUUACUUGAAUGCAUUCAGCUGAUCUUCUUUUUUAGAAGCUGCAGUAUCAGCAUGGCAAAGCCAGCUCAAGUGUGAAGUGAACUUAUUCUGAAAUGGGGGGGGGGGAGUAUUGUUAUAAGAUACUUAUGUUGGUUGUGCUGUUCCUCAUACCAGCUUCACACUGAUUGAGUCCUUAAGAGGUUCCUAAUUCAUCUCUAGCCAAGAUGGGAAAAUCUUCUCACAGGGCAAAGACAUCCUCGCCCUGUCAACACUCCCUGGUAUGAACCCAAACAGAAGCAAAUUUAAGCCUUGCUGAUGUGAACGGCUGGGAGCGGGGAAGACACACACACACACACACAGAGAGAGAGAGAGAAUUUGAGAGAUGCUACCUUCUACCUUCUACCUGCACUGAAAUGAUAAUCUCAUGGCAGAAGAAAAUGAAGCCAUAUGAAUCUAUCCCAAUGGUUGUUGAGGGGAGAUUAAGGAGUGUGGGGCUCAACAGGGGGCAGACAGUAAUUACAAAGUCAUCAAGGGAAUAUAAGAGAAAUGGCCCCUGGGUCACUAAAAUGUGAUUUGUUUCUCUGUGGAUGUUGUGUUAUUUGUUACAUUUCAUAAUCUUUAGCUUGAUUUUCUGGCAUCUCUAAUAUUGAUUAGAGGGUUUUAGACAUUGUCUCUAGGCAACUGAUGCUAUUCUAGUACUGUAUUUAAAAAACCCAAAUGCUUUUAGAACAGUAAGUUCUUUUUAUGGAGUAGGCAGUCCUCAUUAUUAUUACUUCUUUCACACUGACUACAGAACUGCAUAUUUAGACGACUGAAGCAGUGGAAGGGGGGUGAAUUACAUGUUCAUCCCCCCAUGUUUAUGUUUUUAAAUGAUGCAUGACAAUAUCCCUUGUUAAGUGGUGUGUGUGGCAAUAAUUCUUAUGUUCUUGGAUGAAAACAGGUCAUAAGAUAUCUUUUGUCAACUUGGCAUAUCACUGAUGUCGUGGAAAGCUUUAGGGAUACCUAUGUAAAAAAGAAAUGCCAAUGCUUUCUUGAGCCAAGAUUUGUUCUUGGCUAUAUAACACAUGGUUAGUGAGGAGAGAGUUCAGCCAUGAGCCCAGGUUAAGCUAAGAUGAUAAUCCAAGAUUUGGUUCAGCACAUUGUAACACGAGAUCAAAAGGGGGGGGGGGACUGAAGAGGAUCGUUGUGGAUGUAACAGCUUCUCACAUUCCUGGAAAGCCACAAUUUGACUUAACAUGAUGUCUGAACCUGGCCUUUAUUUUACAAUUUAAUGUCAAUGCCAUACCUGUUGGACUCACGAGAGAGAAAACCCAAAAGGUAUGGGCAAUUCUUGAACAUCCUGGUUACUACACAUUCGUUUACAGUUUGCCUAGCAACUGGGGUAUGAGAAUUUAUCCAUAAAUGGUGAACUAAAACAAACCACCAAGAAAGCCCACCAUUCACUUGUCACCUACCUUGCUUCAGUCAGCAGGAGCACUCUGCAGAACAUCUGAAUAUACAGAAAGUCUUUGGUUGGGAUAGGUAUUGACUGACUACCGAAUAUUCAUUACUUCUUUUUGAAGUUUCUUCGCAGAAUUGUUUUGUGCUCUAAAUUUGUUUGGCUCCAACCUAAAGCUCCUUCCUCACCCCUCCUGGCUUCCUCAAUGAAAAUAUUUUUACCUUUUCACCUUUGGAUUCAUCCUUGCAAUUCACGUGAACUGGACCCUUCUUUUCUCUUUCUUGGAGGUGAAGUGCUAUGGACUAGCAUUCGGUAUAUCAAAAUAUGCUGUGUUAUAAAAAGCUCUAGUUCAAUAGCGUGCUGCAGUCUCUUGUGUUGUGACCCAUAUAAUAUUAAUGAAAUAUUUCAAUUAAGCCGACAGUCCCAUUAACUUCAGCGGGAACCUCAAAACCCUUCUGCUAUGACUGUUUGGGAAUGAAUAAGUUGCAAGGCAAGUUAUAAUGUUGAACAUGUUUGUGGAUUGGGGUUAAAAUAUUGAUCCUCCUGCCUUCAUAAAAACUUGUCAAUGAGACUGAAACAGAAAUGCAUUAACCAGCAAAACUAUUAGCUUGUUUAAACACUGGUAAAAUUAUAAACCAGUACAGUAUUGGCUUUCAUGUAGUCAGCAUCAGCAUUUUCUAGCAUAAUUUUUCAAGUGCAUUGGAUUUUCAACUAUCACAACAUUCAUGGAUCAUAUUUCCUAAGGUGAAGCAAUAUAUUUCUGCAGAUACCUAAAAUAAUGUUCUGAUUUUUUUUUUUAACCCUUUCGCCCUUUUUCACUUUAUCUGUCAUCAGAUAAGGGAGUAUGAAAAGAACCAUUGCAUGGUUGUGGAGUAUCUGCAUUGCAAUAUCAUCUAGCAUCCCCACAAACAAAUCAGUGAUUGAUGAAUUAAACUAGUUGUCUGGAAGCAACUGGGUCUUCCACAGUCCUUCUGCAGCACAGCACUAUUUAUCUUCAGCUUCAGAAGAAAGGAAGUGUGUGUGGGGGGGUGUCCCUUCCAUCAGUGCAUAGAUUCCUAAGCCCAGAGCACAGAGCUGGCUUGUAAGUUAUAUUUAGAUGCUUUCCUCUGCAGUAGAUUUUGCCAGACAUCCUAGAUUUAGAGAUGUUCUGUCACAAAUUACAUGACUUUUAUAGCAAAAUUGACAAGAACCCUAGAGAUCCUUGUAAAAAGAAUUACAGCCCAUAAUUCUACAGGAAUAAACUGUUUGAAGGCAACUGCUUUCAUGAAAUAUUCUGAAGUGAAUAAGGUAGGAGAUCUCUAUCUUAAAAAAAAUAAAUCUCUUUUGACAUUAGAAGCCAUAUGCUCAUUCUACAUUAGAGUUGGGAACCACCAGCACAUACUCAGCCCAGGUCGAAAUUUUAAGGUAAAGGUAAUGGGACCCCUGACCAUUAGGUCCAGUCGUGACCGACUCUGGGGUUGCGGCGCUCAUCUCGCUUUAUUGGCUGAGGGAGCCGGCGCAUAGCUUCCGGGUCAUGUGGCCAGCAUGACUAAGCUGCUUCUGGCGAACCAGAGCAGUGCACAGAAACGCCGUUUACCUUCCCGCCGGAGCGGUACCUAUUUAUCUACUUGCACUUUGAUGUGCUUUCGAACUGCUAGGUGGGCAGGAGCUGGGACCGAGCAACGGGAGCUCACCCCGUCACGGGGAUUCGAACCGCCGACCUUCUGAUUGGCAAGUCCUAGGCUCUGUGGUUUAACCCACAGCGCCACCCGGGUCCCGGUUGAAAAUUUAGUUGCAUAUAAAUUCAUUCCUUCUUCCUACACACACACACACAGAGCUUUUUCUUAAUCUCAGGAGCCUAAUUUAUGGAGAUGUGGGGUGGGGGACACAUUUUGUUCCUAGUGCUGAACAACUGGGAGAAUGAAUUCUUGCUAAUCAGUUCAAAUUUACCUCUUCAGUUGACAGUAAGCUACCAGUGCAUAUGUGUAACAUUAAGAAAGACUAUUCAUUUAGACUGAAACUCAACUCUGCUGUGUGGUGUGUUGACAUGCAGAGGGCCAGGAGGCCAGCUGGCAAGCCCCAGCUGGGCUGUUCCCUUCCAGCUGUCCCACUGCAAAGACCAUCACUUCUUCUCCGACAUAAAUCAGUGACCCAGAUUUCUGAGCCAGGACACGCUAUCAGCAGAUCGCACUGUGCACACAGAAUAGGCGUGAGGCUUGUGGAAGCAUACUACAACUACAGAUUUAUUAAUCAUAAAUCAGGACAAAGAAACAUGUCAACUCUCUCUCAUGUCAUCUCAGAGUGAAAAUGCAAAGGCAAAAGCUAUACACACAAUGGAAGUUCCCAGCUUACUGUGCUGGAAUGCAAACAGACAUGUGACACGCAACAAUGCCAUGUCUUAAGGUGGAAUGGAAAUGUCAACAAUGGCAAUUGUCCUGUGGCAAUAUUCAGAAGUUAAAACAAAGUGUUCUCAUGCUAAACACCAUAAGUGCUGUUGAUAAUGCCAAGGUUGCAGGCUUGAUCCCUGUAUGGGACAGCUGCAUAUUCCUGCACUGCAGGGAGUUGGACCAGAUGAUCCUCAUUCUAUGAUUCGAAGUGCCACAGCUUAGGUGAAAGGAAACCAUUCCAAAGAGCAAUGUCAAAAGCGUAAGAGUUCCUUUGCACUUAUAUUUGAAAUGGCAAGUGUAAUAUGUUUCAGAACAUGGUAAUGGAUUUAUUAGGGUAGUAAUAAAAUCACAUGAUGGUUCACUAAGCUAAAAUUGCCUACACCUAUGGUUUGAAGGAACAUCCAGCAGCUGUCUAUUUGAAGCUUCUUCACUGCAAGCUUUACUGAGGACACUUUGAGCCAGAGGAAAGCAGGAGACACACAGCAAUGCAAGAAAGGGAAGAACUGAGGUGCUGGCAUAGAGUUGGUAGGGGUGGUCCAGGCUGCAGAUAUGGUGACCUCCAUUUCAAUUAGAGAGGAGGAAAGUGCAUAAAAUAAGGUAAAACUUCUGGGAAAUAACAGUUGUGAAAUGUUAUAUUUUAGGAGUGUGCACCAGCCACAAGAUUAGACUUGCAUCUGUAGCCACAGCUUUGAGAAACAGCCCAAUCUCUUUCUGUGUCCUUCUGAUCUGACUCAUUUUUCAGAACCAAAUUAGAUCUGUUAUAUGAUGUUUAGCAAUCUUAAUCCCCCCUAUGAAGUACCUUGUGAGUUCUGUCUUGUGUUUGCUGAAAAAUGCAUAUCGGGCUAUUUUGCAACGUAUGUCAAAUGUCAGUCGAAUGCCACUCUGCAUAUUUUCUAGACCUCUUGGCUGCAGGCAGCAACAGCAUCUUUAAUCCAUUUGACUAGAGCUGCAGAAAACUCAGAAGCAGCACCAAGCCUUCCUGCUUAUGUAUUUUCUUUGUGAGUUGGGGUAGGGGGAAAUGGGGCAGAAGUUGAUGACUUGAGCUCAUUUUCUUUCCAAAGCCAUAGAUUGGAUUAUAGUGUCAAUACAUACAGUACUCAAGUCAACUUGUUUCCAUGCAAGAAUAACUGUUCUUGUGAGUGCUCCCUAUUAAACACAGCUGGAGUGUAACAAGGCUUAGCAGCGUGAAGCAAUCAAACAGUUUCCAGUUAUAGAAGCUGAGUCGUCCCAUCGCCUUUAUUGAGCCGUGGAGCAUUAUUUGUCUUCCGACUGUGUCUUGCCUUUGUAAAAACAGCACAAUUAACGCUGAUUGUAACUAUGGAGGGAGCUGCAGCAGUUGUUGCAUUGUAGUGGGUACGGCUCAGGAUGUAGUGGGGCUUUCUGCCCUCCCCCAUUUUGAAAGCAAAAAAAAAGGAGGAAUAUUUUAAGACUUUUGAUACCAAACACAAACACAAACAAUUCCCCAUCUAAUUAUUAAAUCGCCUCCCCUACAGCUGUCCCCCCCCCGUUUGAUUGUUAUGUUUGACAUGAACAUUUGAAUUGCUCUGUCUUUUUGUUUGUUUGUUUCAUAUUCAAAGUUUUGAUAGUCUUCUAUAAUGUGAAUGCCCUUUUAUUCACAUGCAUAUUAACCCGCCAUGUACGACAGUGCUCUGGCUGCAGCCAUAGAGAAGAUGUGCUAACUUGACUACCUGUUUUCAGCUGACAGCUGUCAAUCAUGUCAAUAAUGAGCAAAAAAUGUUCCAUCUACUCAUGUAAAUUACUACCAAAAAAAGCUAUAGUGCCAUCAUGUCAUCUUUCAACUUCCCUUCUGUGACCAGAGGAUUGCUCCUAAUGGGGAAGAGGGCUUGCUAGACUAUAGAGCAUAAUGCAAAACAAAACCAUUGCUUUAUCCUUGCCCUGUUUCUUGCUUUCCAUGGCUCUGCAUGGUGUCUUGCAGAAAUGGUGGCUUUCACUGUCUCAUUUUAUUGCUGCCUCACCUGCUGCAUUUGUGUACAGUGAAGUCUUCAAAUCAGCAUGAAUAUUUAUGGCAUGUUGAUUGGUAAAAGUGUCAACUGCAUGGCUGUCCCAUUCGGAGGGGGGGGCUGGCUUAGUCCUCUGAGGCUCGGGGCAAGUGUACCCAUCUGCCCCCCACCUCACCACUCUGCACGGGCCUGACGGCACCCAUAGUCUGGCAAAAAGAAGCAGGUAAACUGAGGGUCACAACUUCAUCAACAUUUUAAACAAUACAUCUGCAGAGAGACUGAAAGCUGUGCUGGCCUUUCAUGAACUUGCACAGGGGGACAGAAGAGGCUAGACCCACAUAAAUGCCUGUGGGGUUGUCUGCCCUUUUACCCUAAGGUAAAAGAACCCUUUUACCCUAAGGUUCACUCACUCCACAGACUACUUUCAGGUAUCCAAGAUAUUUUUCCUUACGCAAGUUAAUGACAAGAUUCCUAUCUCAUCAACCUGAGAGAGUUAAAUAACUGAGGGAAAAUCUACCUUCCCCAUGGCCCAGCUACACCAAGAGUUCCUGGAAAGGGUGGGCUUCUGGCCCCAUCCCCAGCCAUUUACAAGGACCCAGCAUUUCGUGCUCAAUAAGGACUCACUUUGGGCUAUAUUGGCUGAGGUGGGGAGCUGUGCUGCCAAAAAGAACGAGAUCACAAUCAUACUCAUUUCUCCCAACAAUCCCUCUGAAAAGUGAGGUUUUGUGGGGAAACCUUUCCCAAUGAAGCGCAGAUGGAGGUGUGCAUUGAGAAAUAGCAUUAAAAAUGUUAUGAACAAUCAAAAACAUUAAAAAUAGCAAUAAAAGUGUUUGGGUGGUUCACAUGGAAAUCAUGAGCGAUAAUCUCAGUUUUGGUUUUUUAAAAAAGUCCUCCUAUAAGUGAUCUAAAAAAUCAUGGAAUUAAGGGCAAAAGUGGUGGCAUUGCUAGACAUGUGUCAUGUGAAACAUGAGGAAGCAAGAAGCAGAAAUAUCUGGGUGGUAAUGUGGAUUGGGCCAUACUACUGAUGGUGUGCAAAACCUUCACAAACCAAGCUAAACCUGAUCCAUCCAUUCCUAACUUGCUACAGUGGUACCUCAGGUUAAGUACUUAAUUCGUUCCGGAGGUCCAUUCUUAACCUGAAACUGUUCUUAACCUGAAGCACCACUUUAGCUAAUGGGGCCUCCUUCUGCUGCUGCACUGCCAGAGCCCGAUUUCUGUUCUUAUCCUGAAGCAAAGUUCUUAACCUGAAGCACUAUUUCUGGGUUAGCGGAGUGUGUAACCUGAAGCGUAUGUAACCUGAAGCGUAUGUAACCCGAGGUACCACUGUAUUUCCCACCUGCCUUUAUGUUUGACUUUUUCUCCAUCCUAUCCAGGCUGAGCUUUAAAUAUUCACCCCGUACAACUCUCUCUCUCUCUCUCUCUCUCUCUCUCACACACACACACACACACUCACACACAGGCAUUUCACAGGGGCCACAUUCUAACACACUAGGCGAUGCCCUUAAUGUCCAGGUUGCAUCACACCCCUGAUGUUUUAACUACAAAUGCUUGAGUCCAUGUCCUGAGUUUGUAAGCUGAUUCUCUGGGGAUAACUCGUCACCCCCAAUUCCUUCUGGCUACUAUCCUUCUAUGCAAUGCACUUAUCCCUUUCCAAAGCAAGCUCACUAGGGAUUCUUAAAAACAACAGGAAGAAAACACUUAAAUAUGCUCACGAUUGGAAGAUACCAUGUACAUUAGUACUAUCAAGAACAAAACUUUUUAGCUUGGUUAUCCUUGAGCUAGCUGUUCCACUGUUUGGGUUGGAGCCCCUUUGCAAUUUAUGAAGAAAUUAUUAUUGCUUUAAUACUGAGGAGAAGGCUCAAUGAGUCAUGAAAGUGCAUACUUGACUUAAAUGAGAAGUUGGCUGAAGAAAGCAGGUGUGUGCACAGAUUUUCAUUUACUAAAAUGUUCCAGAGGCAGAAGAACUUUAUUUUAAUAUUGGGUUGAAAUGAGAACUGCAGAGGCUCUAAUGCAUGGAUGGAAAGAUUCUUCCGUAUAACUGUAACAGCUCUGGUGUCUCUUGAUUAAAAUGUCAUUUAAUUUUCCACAGCUGUACUCCUGACAUUAUCAUAGACGACCCUGACAUUUCCCUGCAGCUACAGCAGGAGAAGAAGCUAGACACCAAUGGAGAUGUUUCCUUUCCCGGUGUCAGAGCCAAUAGAAUACCAUUAUAAACUAUCCCAAUAUUUUUCUUCACAACAGUGUUUUACAAUCAUUAUACUUUGGAACACAGUCCCUAAAUAGGAAUCACAUUCAUUCCAUUUGUAUACUCUCCUGAAACAUGUUGCCAGUAUUUUUUUAAAAUCAAAACUCUUAGGGUUUUCUUCAAAAUUGGUCAGAGUAAUGCAAAAUUCACUUUAGCAGCAACCCAUAUAGAAAUGGAUGGAUGUGUGAAUGUCUAUGUUUAACCAUAUGAAUUGGGUGCUUGCCUCCAAAAAAACCCAUUGCAAAUGCGUAUGGAAGUGUAAUUACCCUGAUUUGUAAGGCAUUGCACCUGAGCAAUUCACCAUAUUAUCAGAACUGGAGGAUGUAGUCACCUAAACAUGUUUACUUUCCCCGCUGAUUCAGUGUUUAUGUUGGAUUUGUUAUAAGGACUUUGUGGAUCUGCCGUGCAGUGAUGGUGAGCUGUACAAGCAGGACCAAGACAUUUUGGCAGAACUGACACAAACAAGAAAAAAGGCGGAGCAGCAUAAGGCAGAAGCAAAGCAGCUGAGCAUUCGGAUUGAAGAUCUAAGAAGAAAAUUAAAAGAGGCAGAAAGCAAGGUACUUAGAUUGUAAUUGUUAUCAGAUAAACAUUAAGUAUGCAAAUGAAUGACAAUGCAUUUCAAAUCAUUUAUAUGUCAUCAAGGUUACUAGAGAAAUGGGCCAUGGUUUGACCAAUUUUAUUUCCCUUCUCCACACCUGUACCUUCUCUCAUCGCUGUGUGUACUCAGGUCUGCUUCAGAAAUGCUCUGGAUUUGUAAGAUUAAUUUCUUGCAUAUAAACCGGUUGUCCAAAAAUUAAUCUGAACUCCCCUGCAAAAUGUGACAGCAAUCUUAAAGUCCUAUACACGUUAACUUUUCCCCUUCCCAGAAGGAAAUAAUUUUAGACCACAAUGAAUUUUUGUCCCCAACCAGGCCAAAUAAUAUUUCAGUUUGAAAAAUCUCUGUUACUUUUAAUGAAUAAAUACCAUUAUCAGCUAGAAGAUGUUCAUUCUAUUCUAUUGAACUGUGGGCCACUUCAUGUGCAACUUCUAUGAGGAAUGGUCUAAUGGACCGUUUUCACAAACUUUUGAGCUGGGGUCCUCAUGCGGGGGUUUGUUAGUUAGUUAGUUAGUUAGUUAGUUAGUUAGUUUCACCUUUAACAGCUGCAUGACAGGUAGACCUUUAACAGGUUAUGUGUUACCACCUUCUGCCAGUGAGGCAGCUAUAGAAGCAUGAAGCCAUGCUAGGAAAAGUGGCAAUCUCCACAGGGCCUCCCUUGUGACGAUACAUCCACAAACCCCUAUUAGUAAAAAAAAAAAAAAGUAAGUGUAUGCCCAUGGAGCUCAUCAAAAAGUGACAGCAAAAAUCACUCUGAAGUGAAAAUGGUUGUCAGUGCCCACCCUUAGCAGCAGAGUUCUCUGCUAAAUCUUGUUGUGGUGUCCUUACAAAGGGAUGACUGGACCAACCAGAACCAGCUUCUGUAAUUCACUCACUUGCAAGUACAAAAUUGCUUCAGGGCCUCUCUGUAGUUUGAAACUUGGCAUGCUUCAGAACUUGCCUGUAAAAAAAAAAAUUAACAACUCAUUUAAGGUUCAUUAAUUCAGCUCUGUUGGCCUGUGGGCAUGGUGCACAUCUUCACUUAAAUUGGUUUUCACAAGAAAAGGAAAAAAAGGGCUAAUCAUUUAUGGUCAAGCUAGCUAGGCCUUAUGGUCCCAAAGCCUUAAAGAUCUAUAAAACUAAUACCAAGCGCAAUAUAGACAAUAAUUAGAAAACACUUGAUUUUUUAAAAAAAUAUUCCAAUUAGAUAUGACAGUAAAUAACCAGCGCAAUUUUAUAUCUAGAUCCAUUAAAAAUGUAUAUGUUUGGUAAAUUGCAUGAGCUUCUUAUUACUAUGAAAUAAAACACCUACUGACAAGUGACUUCCUUGAAAAUGUCAAAACAUAAUUACUUACCCCUUGCUUAUAGGUGGAUGGGAGGAGAAAGAGGGCUAGGAGUUUACAAUGCAUCAUUUAAUUGUAAUAAGACUUUCUUUUUAGAUUCAAGACACAUUUUUCUUAAGAGAAGUCUCAGGUUUCCCAUUGUUCCGGCUGUAAUAUACUCAGGACUGCUCAGUCAGGACUACAGCACAUGGAACUACCUGCAGGAUUGUUACCUACAUCUUGGAUUAAGCCAGUUUAAGCCACUAGUUUACCAAUUCACUUAAAUUUGUUCACUGUAGAAUUAAAGUUCUGAUAGUGUGGGCAUAUCCAAUGACUGGCCAAAAAGUGAAAGAUUGGUGUUUAUUCUAGACUUAGGGAGAAGCCAGAUGCUACUUUCUUGGAAUUUAGAAAACUGGAAGCAAUUCUGCAGCAGUCAGCAUUUUAAAGAUAAUAUAUUGAUUGUUUUUUUAUAGUAGAAAGUACAUUAACAUGUCUUUGGAUGAUGCACAAAACUGAGGUCCUGACCACUCUUAAUUAUUAAGUCCGAUGGCAUUAGGGGUUCAAGCAAAUUCUGGCCAAAUUCCAUCCAUCGAUUUUGGGGGUUGUGCUAUGUUAAUUGAGGGCAGAAUCUGGCUUAAUUUCAGAUGGGAUAAUUUAAUUCUGCCUAACUUAAUUUCCCAUGCUGCUUUUAUACUGUCAGUAUCAUUUUAUACUGUUUAUACUAAAAUUUGAUUUAUUCUGUUCCUUAAACAAGUCAUGUUAUCCAUCAUGGACUUUGUAUUGACUCACAGUGUGCAGGCGGUGCUUGCACAGCCCACUUUCCAGAACCUUCUGGAGCGUUUGGUGCCCACAGUGCUCUUUCUUAUUCACUUACGAAGGAUCUUUUGAGGUGAAGCAUCUCAGUCAAGGGGUGGACUUGGUGCAUUGUCCACUUACUUCAUCUUUACCCAUCAUGGAACAAAGAGCUGUGUCUCGUCUUUUCUGAGCAAGAGUGAAAAUUACAAUUCAGUUGUGUUCUUUCUCAUCAUGAGGCAAUAUUCAGCUGUUGAUUGAUCCAAGUAGUGGGACAUUUUAAGAAAGUGUGAAGAGUGUGGGGCGAAGAUGCCCAGUUUGUUGAUGCCACCACGGCCCAACUUGCUAUAGAUUUAGGGACACAUACAGUUUGCCAAAAGUUUACUAAGCAAGCUAGGGUGGAGAGAAAAUCCAGGUUUUAUUUAUUUAUUUAUUUUAAAAUAAUAUUUAUUACUUUUAUAGAUUACAAAAAGGAAAAAAAAACAGAAAAAAGACAAAGGAGGAAAGAAAAAAGAAAAAAAAUACAGUACAAUAUAUGGACAAUGCAAAACACAACCUAAACUCAAAACUAAACACUUUAAACUAAACUAAACAAACCCCACUCCCUAACCUUAACCCUAAAUAAAACAAAACAAAAACAAUUUAAAAACAUACAUCAUCCCUUUUCCGUACUCUAUCUUUCAUUCCCUCGUUUCCUCGACCUCCUCUCACCUCCCUUUUUGUAUUCCACUUCUAUUAAUUGUUUCAGCAAAUCCUUUCCAUCUUUCUCCAUUUUCUAUCAUAUUGUAAAUAACGUAUUUUUUAACCUUAUUUUCCAUUAAAACUAAAAUACUUAUAUAUGCUUAACUCCUUAUAGCAUUUCUGUUAAGCCCAUAAAAAAUCAUUCCACCAUUUUUCUAUCACUCAUUAGUUUUACCAUAUGUCUAUAUAUAAACUUUAAAUUUUCCAAUCUUCUUCCACCAUCUCCUCUCCCUGGUUUCGGAUUCUGCCAGUCCUCUCCGUCAACUCCAUAAAGUCCAUCAACCUGGUGAUCUUAUGUCCGAGGCUCUUAACUCUUUUCCAAGUCCCUUCUGCAGGUCUUCUUCAUUUUCUUUAAUGCUAAAGAGCAAAUCUCGGGGAAACUCCAACCUGUCAAUCCUUUUCUUCCUUCUGAACAGAUCAGCCAAAUUUCCAUAGUUGAAGCUACAGCCCAUAAAGUAUUUCAGGGCAUAUUUCAAGAUUCCUCCAAAUCCAAAGGCCCCCAAAACUUCAAUCUCCUCCAGGCUCAAGUCCAUGUCCCAAAAGUCAGUUAAUCCCUGCAUAGAGGGAUCUUUCCAACUUUCCUUCUUUACUCCAAGCUGGGAUCCAUUCCUCAGAGUCUGACUUUUCCUAGAUUCAAUCAUAAAAGGCCUCAACUUAUAGUCCUCAAUUUGCUUCUGUAAAGCCACGGAUCUCGCUUGUAUUACUUUAUGUUCAACAACGGCAGCUUUCUCCUUCUCCUCCUUCUCCUCCACCAUUUGUCCUGCCAAAAUGGAUUCCCGUACCAAGUCCUGAAUUAUUUCUGUGUUGGUAUUCGCUUUUUGACUCAAAUUAGUCACUUUCUGUUCCAAAUUAUCAACUUUAAAAGUCAUGUCAUCCAUCUUCUUGUGAAGCUGUCCCAGCGAACAGCUUAUCUUACAUAAAACAGUCACAAUGGCCUCUCCUGUCAACAUUUUUAAAUGGUCCAAGGUCAAUCUCUGGUUCUCAGAAUCCUUAUCUGCAGCUGGAAAUCCCCCAGUUACACUCCAGUAACAGUUUCAAAAGCUCCCUCUAGAGGGAAACAGUCUCCACUUGUAUCAGUUCUUUCAGGCACAACUCAAGCAUUAAAGAUAAAUUUUCAGUUACUUUUCCUCUUUUUUAAACGCAGGGGAGGACAAUGGAAACAGUAUCUUACUCUUAUUUAGCCAGCUGUCAAAUCCGUUCUGUCAAAUGCACUCUCUCCAAACAUCAUCUGCCAGCCCGUUCCCAGGUUCAGAGCAGUGGUAAUUUGAUUUUUCACUCUCUCCUGCAGGCUCACUAGGUCCAAAAUUUCCCCCUCUUCUCCUGCUUCCAAGGGGGGUUUUGUAUUUUAAACCGAUGGAAAUUUAAUCCUUUGCCAAAAGCUUUCAAAGACUUUAACUUGUAACGUCUUUGCUUCAGUCUAUUUACAAAAACGGAAGGCGGACUUCCUGUUUAUGAUCUUCCCGCUUCAGUGCCAAAUUAAGGUAUUUAAAAAUCCAAUUUUCCGUUCUACUCACAGGUAGUUGUUUAAAAUCCAAUUGUCCACAGGAAAAAGUCAGCGCUCUCCGGCAACAGCAAUGCGGCUUCACUCCAUGAAAGAAGCAGUCGAUUCAAAGCACCGCGCCACUCACCCCACGUCGCUCCGGAUCCCCAAAACAGGGUUUCCCCGCGAGUAGGGGAGGCGCAAAAGGUGCCAGCCGAAUCCCAGGUUCACAAGCUUCUCCCGCUUGUGAUUUCAAUGGGUCUCCACCUUCGCCAUGGCAGUCAGACCCUGUUUUUCACGGAGCAAGUUCCUCCCGAACGGAGGAGCUCCGCCAUUGCCGGAGGCGCCAACCUGGAAGUCCGAGAAAAUCCAGGUUUUAAAGUUCUUCUCUCAUGCCCUUCUCUAAAACUGCUAAGGUGCUGUAAAACCAUAAGGUUUAGUAAUUAAGGUGAGGGUCAAAUAUAUAGUGAUAGACAGGCAGAUAUUUAAUGGACAGAGCAAUCUGCAGGAGGGAGUUUGGAUAAGAUGUGGAGGUGACUCCUUGCCCAGCUCUGCCCAGCUGUGUGGAAUCUACUGCCAGCAUAUGCUCCUGAAGUGGAGUGUUUCAUAUUGUUCCCCAGAUAACAAGAAAUGAAUAACCAAAUAGCAAAUAUAACCAUAUAGGCCAAAUGCAAUAUAAUAAGUUUUGAUCCUAACUUCCAUUUAGGGCUGUCAGUACCAUAAAGUCACUUUCACAGUUCCUUGGACAGCUACUCCUGUUCCCUGCUGGUGAGUUUCACUAUUUUUCAGUGGUAGAGGCUGCUCUAUUUGUCCCUUCUUUUUCCUUUUCUCAUUUGUCUUCCUGAUUGCCUUCUCCACUCUUCUGCUUCCCCUUGCCUUCCUCCAAAAUCACUCUUCUUCCUUCUGCUGCUCUCUUUUGUCUCUCUCCUCAACCUGAUGUUCUUCACUCUUUUGCUUUCUCUUCUGCUUCUCCAACAACAUACCUCUCAUUCUCCUUCCAUCUCUACACAGCUGGCAUCCCAGGGCCCAUAGGACUUGGAUCAAUCUCUUAGGGAGACCUCUUGGAAUCCUUAAGACUCUGCUGUUUCAAUUCUAGCUUUGAGUCAAAAUCAGCCAGGCCUACUUUCCUGCAUUUGAAGGUAUUUCCCAGGGUCAAUUCAGCGGCACUACAACUCUGCCUCCCACCCACAAUGAGCAGGCAUUACAGUUUGUUAGAUUUUGGGAAGCUUUGAGAUCACAAGGUGCACAGAUCUUUCCCUUCCGAUAGAUGCCCCCAACCUCCAUAAAGCCCAAUAAGGAGGUGCCUAAGAAAUCCCCAAUGUGUGGGGAUCUGAGCAAGCUUUCUAAGCUGGCCAAAACAAAGGCAGGUAUGAAGGCUGUUCAUCAGCAUUGACUCCUGAAGCAAGACCUGGUCCUGCUGAUCAUGAUUAUUCUAUCUAAGGCUAAACAUGCUUUAGCUCCUGGCAGAACAAACAUCCAUAUUAGAAAGGUUCCAGCAGAAGUUGUCAAUAAUUCCAUGGGAACCACUUCUCUAGCAACAAGGGACGCUGGAUAGUUUUGGUUUCAUUGCUGUUGUCUUUCCUCAAUCUUGGAAGUGGAAUGAGAAAUUGAAGAGAGGGUAUUCAAUGAUGAAAACAGUUCAUGCAACUUUCUUCUCAAUGAAGGAGAGUGGGGGACUCAUUCAAGUGGAUAAGGGUUCAGUAUCUAUCUGUCUAUCUAUCUAUCAUCUAUCUAUCUAUCAUCUAUCUAUCAUCUAUCUAUCUACAAUUUUCAAUUAUAACAAAAAAGAAAACAUUUCAGAAAACAAUCAACAGUAAUUCUGACAUUUUGAAUCUCAACUUCCCUCCCUCUCUUUCUGCAGUUCCUCAUCUCUCCCUGCAUAUCCCAAAUUGUCUCAGUCUAUUCAGAUAGAUAUAUAGAUAGAUAGCAAAGAAACUGCAGGUUUUUCCAGUAGUCCUGCUAAUUUCUUAAUCUGUUUUCAAUUUGUUUGUAAAUAUUCAACAAACCAUUUUCAUUUCUUAAUAAAAAGUUUGUUAUCAUGAUUUCUUAUUCUUUCGGUAAGUUUCACCAUUUCUGCAUAUUCCAUUAAUUUCUGCAGCUAUUCUUCUCCAGGGCUAUUUCUUCUUUCCUUGUGGGUCCAGUAUAAAUUCCCUUGUGAGAUGGAAACAUUGAGGAAAGCUCCCUCUCCCUCUGGCCCAUGAUCCUUCUGUUGUGUAAUUUCUGGCCCUGGAUCUCCAAGACAUGUAUUUCCACAUAAGCAUCAGAUAAAAUACUGCCCCUUUCUCAGAUUUAUAUACAUAGACAAGCAUUUUUGAUUCAAAGUUCUCUCAGUCAGACUCUUCAUAGGCUCAGGGAUCUUUAUGAAGCAUGCAAUUCUAAGAAUCACCCAUCUCUGGGAAUAGAACAGAGAAUUUUUGAUGAUUUUCAAUCAACCUGGCACAUCACCAAUUAUUUCUGCUUAGCACAUCUCUCGUGUGUGGAUACCUUUCUGGAUUCAACAUAUGCCUGAACCACAGGAGCACUCCAACGUUAUUAAGAACCUACUGCCCACACUCAUAUGCAAUAUGCCCACAUUCAGAAACUCCUGGGCCUUGUGCACCCUUGUUAUGUCCCUAUUGUGCCAUCCAUUCAAGAUAAGGCUCUUCAGAUUCUUCUUCUACUGCUCUUCCUUCUACAGGUUAUCUAUUCCAUCCCAUGUUGGAUGGAGCAUCUUUACCUUUUCAGAUCCAUUAGCAUUCCUCUCCCCGUACUAUGAAGUGUUACCAUGCUAAAGUACUGAAGUUUUAGAGAUAUUAACCAUUUAUAUCUCUUAGAUUCACAGCAAAAUCUUAACUGUUCAGGCUAUCUCAUGAAUCACCACAAGGUUACUGCGGUGCAGACGUGGUAAUCUUUCAUGGGCUUACACUGCCAACUUUUAACCUUUCAUUUAUUGUUAAAUUCCUGUGUGCGUACAUGAGGACAGUUUAGCAGAUUCCUCACAACAACGUUUCUGUACCUGAUGCAGCUGAAAUGAACAAUUCUUUUUAAAUUCAUAAAUCACACCUAAUGGUCCUUUUUCCUUGACAAAUUAUGAAGCCCGAAUGCACAGCAGGCACGUCUAGGAAAUUAAUCACUUUCACAGCUUUUGACGUGAAUCCUUAUUUCUGCUCAAAUAUUUAAUUGUGCUUCUUUAAAAAUGUUGUGAGGCCAGGAUACAUUUGUGCAGGACUUUCGCUGAAGCCAUAUGAUUGAGCUAUCUUUCCUAGGAUGCCUUAGUUUAAAAUUUGCAAGGGGGUGUGUGUGUGUCCAUUUAAAUAUAAUAUGCACAAAUGCAUAAAUAAAUAAAGAAAAGCAGGAUUUAAGCCGGUCCCAUUUAGAUACAGCUUCUUGCAAAUUCUCUCAAUAACCUCAGAGAUUUGGGAGGUCACAAACAGGAUAGGUAGCAUGCCGGUUGGCAGUUCUCUUAAUUGCUCCACUUUGCAGAGCUUUAUUCUCUCAACUCCUUUAGUGUGACUGAGCCAUCUGGCUGGGAAAUGUUUUAUUAUUUCUUAGGGACUCCACUAACAAUGCCAUUUUUAAAAAAAGCUUCUGUGACUGUAAACUUGUUAAAAUUGCAGCUAAUGAGAUACAUUGCAGGUUUGCUGUUAUAUCCCUCCAAAAAAUAAACCCAAUAAUAUGGAAUAAAACACAGGAAGGUUUUACUAUUCAUGAUAGCUCACAAGUCCUGUUUAAAGGUAAGGGCAUUCUUUGUCAUAUACCUAUCUGAACUGUGAUAUCAUCUGCAGGAUAUCCAAUCCAGGAGCCUUCAACACGUGAAGUGAGGCAGCUGUGCACCAGGGAAGUGGCCUUCUUGGUGUUGGUACCCCGGUUGUAGAAGUCCCUCCCCUUAUAGGUUCACCUAACACCUUCCUUAUUUUCUUUAUAUAUUUUUAUUCUUUACUUAUCUGUCAUCAGACAAACAAUUCCAGCAUGGGGUACAUCAAACAUAAAAUUAAAUUAAAGUACAUCAAUUUCAGUUUCUUAAAAACACUUUAAAGACUUUUUCUCCUUACCAGUCUUUUACAGAACCUGUGAUAUUUUUGUUUUGAACCAUUGCUUAUGUGCUGUGUAUUAUUAUUUUUUUAAGCUAUCUGGUUUUUUUCUGCUCUCUGCUGGAAAUCUUUAGGUCACAAGUUGCUAUUUUAUUAUAUGAUUCUUUUAUGUUGCUGUGUGUUAAUAUUUUGUGUUUGUGAGCCAUCCAGAGGACAAUGCAAUUGAGUGGCCUUAUGUAAGAGUAGUUGUUAUUAUUAUUUAAAAGUCACUAGAAGCAGUUUCUUUACUUUGAGCUGUGUAUAGAUGGUAGUUUUUCAGAGAUAUGGCAAUAUAGAAUCAUUAUAGUCUUUGGUCCACUGUGUUGUUUUGCUUUUGCUUUCUCAGUAACAUAUGUAGUCAAACAGGCUCACAGUUUUUGAAUGCUAUCAAAACCAGGAAGACCUGAUUGAGGACAGACUUUAUCACAACGUAAGAAAUAAUACUUAUACUGCAGGCAAUAAUGGCACUAUCAUGUCAUGUUUUGGGGGUAUUAUGUGUGCAUAGCCUUAACUGGUAUGGAAUCUAAAUGGUAUGGAAUCUAGUGGGCUAGUUACUGUGAAUCAGUCAACUAAGGUAGAUUGUGCUGCUCAUCACUUUAAAUCCUCCAUCUGGAGGAAAUUGUAUUUUGUUCUGUUUUCCAAUUCUUCAAAGCAUCCAAAAGGAGGGGAGCUUUUGUUUCUGGAACCAUUUUCCCUCAAUAGGAAAUACAUGAAGCACAGGGCACACACAUUCCACACAGACAAAAAAUGAGAUAUAGGGUAUACUCAUAACAGAGUGCAAUUUAUGGAAUUUACUUCUCCAGUGUAUUGCAUUACAGUGAGGCCAGCAUCACUUGUGUAGGGUUGCCAUACAUCUGGAAUUUCCCAGACAUAUCCAGAAUACUGCAGUCGGCUGCAGUGUCUGGGUGGAAAUCGGCUAAAUGUCGACGGGGGGAGGGGCGGAGCUCAACAACUUUUCUGUCCAGAUUUUCACUGUUUGAAUUAUGGCAACCCUGCACUUGUGAUCUGUUAAGCUCAGUAUGCCAUAUCAGCCAUGUAUGGUGGUUUAUCAAAUACUUCACUACACCACCUUCCUGGGACUGCAAAAUCAUGGGGAUUGCUAACCAUCUGCUGGUUGGGCAUCCUGAGUGAUGCAGACCUGAAUUAGUUAUAGUCAUCCAUUAUGCUCUCUCUCUCAAGCCUCAGACUGCUUUCCAUCUGCUGGCAAACACAAGGUUCUUUUUUGCAAGGAACCAUGCCUUAGUAAUUUCAUCAGAUUUUGAGACUAUCCCAGGAUAAGAGUACAAAGAAAAUGGAUAAAUAACAACACAAUUCAUUAAAGAGUCAGACCUGUAUCAGUUGUCAUUAAAAACAGCAUCGUGAUAUACUUCGCCUCUAGCAUGCAUGCUCAGUUGCAACCUGAACAUGCAGGGUGCUCAGAAAUGUUUAGUUAUGGGUCCUGUGCUGUGCAAGAUGCCAUAAGGGGACACAUGCUGUGGCAGCCCCAUUAAAAAUGUGCAUGGUAGAAUAUUAGUGCUUGUUAUAAAUGAUUUACCAUUAUUAGAUUUCAUUCCAGAUUUUCCGUUGUCAAUUCCUAAUAGGGCUUUUAAAUCAUGGUGAGACUUCAUUGCUUUUCCAAUGAUUUGCCUAGCAUUUUAUUGGAAGCAGUAUGCAAAUUCCAUCGAGUAAUCUAGAAUAUUUAUCCUGUCUGCGUGUGGUACAAUUUCCUUGUUUCUUAGGGCUCAUAUAUAUUUCAACCAAAUGUGGCAAAUCAUAUUGGAAAGGAUGUCUUUCACUCUUUUCACACAAAAAAGUGCAUUGAUAUAGGCAUCAAAAUCUUACUAUAUUCCACUUUAUUUCAGUUGUAAUUGUUUGUGCCAAUUUGGAAUUUUUUUUGCAUGGUUUAUUGCUGUUGGUCAUAGCAACAGAGCGGUUGGCAUAACUUGAUAGAAAAAGAGACCUCCAUUAGUCUUUAUUUAAAUAAUGGGAUCUGAAAGGCAUGCAUAAAUACCCUGAUCUCCUAAUACUUAAUGUAAAGACCAACACACGAAUUCUGUGUUACCAGCAAAGUUUAAUUAUCACACAUAAGAAUGAAUUGGGUUUCAUAUAAACAAUAGUCUCUUCCUCCGAAAGUAAACUUAUGAUUCAGGAAACAUUCAGAUAACCAGUUAGCCAUUUCUCACUGGGGUUGUGUCUUCUCAAAUCCAAACUCUGUGAAAUAAACAGAAUUAUAAGCAGAGAGAAACUUGCAGGAAAUAAAUAAAGGUAGAAAGGAAUAAAACCCAUUCAUCCAGGAAGACCCCUUCCCGCUCCAUAGGGAAUAGUUGGCUCCCAAUAAACUCUAGAUUUUCAAUGGUUGGGUAGCUCCUAAGCUCCAGUCUUUGCUUCUCUCAAGGGUCAGAAAGAUGCAAUAGGUGACUGAAGGAACAGAAUCAGUUGAAGCUGCUGUGCACCAGCCCUUCUUAUGAUCCAUAUGUUUAUUUUUUAUUGUAAAUAUGUGUAUAUCACCUAACAGCUAAAGUUCCCUGGGUGGCUUUCAAUCCAUGAAUCCUCUGCCCCACCCCAAUCUACGCCUGUUCACUGAAGACUUCAGCAAAGCUGUGUAUGCAGCUAUACAGCUGUACCGUAAAUAUGAAUAGAUCAAAGGGCAGGGGCCAGCACUUGGUUAAUAGUUCAAUGAAUGUCAUAGAUGGCGGGGCAGAGCAGAGCUUUUUACCACGAUACCACCCUCCUUAUUUGUGUUGAUUGAACAUGUGGCUCAUAAUGUAUGAAGAUGGAUUUAAUAACACAUCCAACAUCCCUCAAGAUUUAGUUUCUCUUUGCAUGAUCCUCUCGUAAUUAGCCAUGCCCUUUGAAACGAAAGUUGAUGUUGUGACUACGUUUGUCUCCAGAGGCGCAUUUGAUGAGAUUUUGGUGGAUUAUCUCAAUAAAACCCAAGUGCUUGCCUUUAAAUGCUGAAUUUAUUCUAAUAAACCUAAUGGCAUGUUCUUGGCAGUGAUGGAUGUUCUGUACACUAGACUGUAAAAGGCCAGGAAAAAAAUCUCACUGUGUCAUGGCAAUAUAAACAUUUUCAUUAUAUAAUAAAAUCCAACAGAUGCUCUUCCCUUUCCAAAACCAAUGUGUCUUGAGUUAGCAAAAUUCAGCAAGCCACCUCCAAAAUGUUUUUAUGAAGAUUUAAGUCUCCUUCAUUGCAUUUCUCUCUCUCUCUCUCUCUCUCUCUCUCUCUUGUUUCAGGAUAAAACAGGUGUUCUAUAAAAGAACUAUCUUGUGCUUACAAAAUCCUGUUUAGGAUUCUACAACUAUUGUUUGGCUUGACCAUAAAACAGCACAGCUAAAGCAGACACAGCUGGUCAUUAAUAACUUACAAAAACUACACAUCCAUGAGGCCUCCACUGUCAUCACUCUGUAAUAAUUUUACAGCAUCAGUGCGAUAAAUGCUGCGUUAUUACGCUUCCUCCCUCUGCCAGAGUUUUCUCCUUUGAGUUGGAGAAAGCACGUAGGCAUGUUAGCAAUCAAAUUAUUUCCAGCAGUAAUAUUAUUAUCAGAUUUCAUGCACAAAGGGCUACUGUAGAGGCCAGAGGCAAUCUUUGGUUUGGGCUUCCUAAACAACUUUCCAUUACAAGGCAGCUAGGGGAACAGACCCUCCAAGUGCCCCUUUUUUCCAGGGAUGUCGCUGAUUUAGAGAAGCCGUCCCAGUUUCUAAUUUGAUCUGGAAUGUCCCACUUUUCCUUAGGAUGCCCCUAUUUUCAUUGGAGGGUAUGGAGCUACCCAACACCCAAGCCGUCUGAAGGCAAUCCUGUAUAGCGAAGUUUUUAAAAUGUUUAGUGUUUUAUUAUGUUUUUAUAUAUGUUGGAAGCUGCCCAGAGUGGUUGGGGCAACCCAGUAAGAUGUGUGGAGUAUAAAUAGAAAAAUUAUUGUUAUGGAAUGGGAUGUCCCUAUUUUCAUCAAAUAAAUGUUGGAGGGUAUUGGGGGACCCUGCUAGCAGUCAGGUGCAAGAGUUUUAAGGGUGGGUGUAUAAAGGGUGUGUGUGUGUGAUGAGGGAUGAAGAAGUGUGUGAAUGAAGGGAUAUAGAUGUGCAUGUAGCACUGCCUUAUAUUCAAGCCAAUUCAAAUAGCCCAGUACCACCUCCUUUGAGUAGCAGUGGUUCUCUGAAGUCUCAGGCAAUGGCAUUACUACCUGAGAUUCAGUAACCCACAAUGCUAGAGCUAGAUCUUGGGAACCUUAUAUAUGUCAGGCAUCUGCCACAGGGUUAUAUGUGCAUGGAAAGUCACAGAAGGCAAGGGAGAUGGGGCAGAUGUGAGAAGUGGCUAAUAUUUGCAGCCUCACAUGCUAACCCCCAAAACUUGUUCAAUUUUCUCUGUUUUAACAAUCAUCCUCAGUGUUUUCAUAUAUGCAUAUACAUAUACAUGCACACGAAAAUGCAUGACUUGAUUACUGAAUAAAAGUUGCAGAUAUACAAGUUUGUCAAAGUUCCUUGUUCAGUCAUUAACUUUUCCUCCACCCCCAGCUAUGCCGCAGCUUACACUGCAAAGCAGCUUGAUACGAUUGCACAUACGUGAUUAGGUAACUUUGACAGAUUUUCCCUAGACUGUUUGGUUUCAUAAUGCAUUCUUAUGGUCCUCAUCAUUUGCUGCAAUGUACAGAUGGUGAAAGCAGAAGUAUUUCCAACAAACAAAUCACAAGUGAGUGUCGAUUGCUUAGCAAAGGUAGGCAAUUAAGAUGGCCCAAAAAUAUUGCAGCCCAAAAUAACUUCAGCAUCAUUUUCCCCUGGUAACAAGCAUAUGGAGUCUAAGCUGGUAUUACAGUGUGCAUCGCUGUAGUCAGUUUUACCAAAUGUAUACUGAGCAGUAAAAGCAACCUUGGUACAUUUAAGAUAUGCAAUAGUGGUGGUACAAGACAUUUUAGUACUUCAUGGAGUAAAAAGUAUUAGACUAUAUAGGCUCUCAUCUUUAAAAACUCACUUCUUUAUAAGUAAUAUAUUGAUUGUGUUUUUUAGCAAAAUGCCAUGCACCUUCUUCAUUAUUUAAAAUCAUGAAGAGCUGCAAGAACAUGAUGGCUUAUUGAGGAGCAAGUCAGAGUAUUGACCCACCUUCUGAGUACUGUCUAUACUGAUCAUGAGCAGCUGUCCAGGAUUUUAGACAGGAUUUUCUCCCAGCCCUAUCUGGAGAUACCAGGGAUUGAAACUGAGAAAAGAAUUCAGCUAAGUUACAGUCCCUUAGUAGUGUAUUAGUUGUGCAAGAAAAGGUCCAGGAAGCCAGUGUAGUUUUUGUGGCGGGUUGCACAACAGAUCGUAUGCCUUCCAAGAUUUCAGCUUUGGAUCCAGGACAUGGGCGCAAGUCAAAUUGCUGGGGAUGGAAGCAGUGGAGAGAAGGAGCAGUGUUGGCCCAGUGCUACCAGGUCAGAACUCCAAUUCUGGCUCAGGCUUGAGCCAGAGGUCGAAGUGGCAAAGAGGAAAAAUGGCGGCCAUUCUGCGCCUCUCCUCCUCUGGGCUCUGGCACAUGAGGGGGCAGCGGAGGCCAUAACUUCCUCAGCGCCAGCCUGGGGUGGGGGUGGGGAGCCGCUGUUGAACAGUUGAGGGCAGAGAGCACCCUGAGCCCCUUUGCUUCCUGUUCCCUCUGUGGUGGCGGCCACUCACGCCCCUGCUGUCCACGAGACCCACUCCUUUUCUGUGCACUGCCACCACUUUUUCGCUGAGUUCGCAGUUCCCCAGGGCCUUGUGUUCUGUGCACUCCAGCAGUGCUGGGGCUGGGCAAGGUGAAGCAGACGGCUGUCCUCGCUUCCUCACUCCACGAUCCCAUCCCAUCAACGUUUCUCUGCUCCCCGCCAUGCACUCUAAUUGGAGGAGAGUCCAGCUUCUCCCAGCAGCCACUGAGGCCACCUUCUUUCAUUGCAAAAAGAAGGACAGAAAGUUGCACUCCUCAGCGGCAGCUGCCCAAGGAAGGACACAUGGAUCCCAGGACAUUCCGGAGUCCAAUCGGAGAGCAGGAUGACUUAUUUAAAUCCAUGAUGUUUCACUCAAACUGGCACAAUUGCUUGAUAUGAGAUUGUUAUAGCCCUAAUGCUUCCUGUUGCUCAACCUGUUGCACAACAAGCUUCCUCUCGUUCAACUGUUGCACUGGAUUUCAUAUCAUGCAACCAUUAUUCUUGUCCUUACACUAACACAACAGUGCUAGUGCUGGUGGUCAGAGAAUGCUUAAUCUGGUCCUGGGUAUGUUUUGCAUGCCAUGUGUGUGCCCUACUACUGGGAAGGGGAGCCAUAUCCAAAGAAAAGUAGUUUAGAAAGAGUCCUUCAAAAAGAUAAUUUCCAUUUGGCCCAAGUAUAUCAACACAAGCUGCCUUCCUAAUGACGCACAGUACUUUUGCAAUGCAAUGCAUGGUAAUCACUAACUGUACUAUUUGAAAGAGAAAGGUAAUGUACAGGAUCAAAACAAUGAUUUUGGAGCCUACUGUGAACCCAUUAUAUUGAGAUAAUGACCCUGCCAUUCAACAGUAACAGAAAUGAAACUGUGAUUAUGCUCUUAUGGACAAUGUUAUCCUAUGCAUAUGGACUGGGAAAGUAGUGAUGAUAAAUAUGAAUAUAUUAGACUAGAUCAAGUGUGCAAAAAAUGAACAAAGGAUGGAAUUUCAGAUGAAAGAUCUGGUGCGCAAACACUUUAGUUAACAAGGUAAGAAUUAAUUAUAUCAGGAAUAGCUAGAUCACAAAAUAUGUGUACUUUGUUUCUGAAACAUUAAAGCAUCAGUGCUAAAUAAUGACUUUAGUUAGUGAGAGAACCAUUUAUAAUCCUUAUUAAAGCUUUAAGAAACACUCAAAAGUUUAGUAAUCAGUACCCAUGUUAUCCUCUUAUUCCCAGUUUAAAGGGGGGAAGAAAUGUCACAGAUGCAAUGUCUUGGAAGAUUCAACAAUCCCCUUUAUUUUUUUUGUAUGAUUCUAUUUUUAAUGUCCAGAUUGUGUCCAUUCACUUAUUUGCACAGAGGUUGUCUGCUUUGUCUGCCUUGUAUAAACUGCUGAAAAGCAUAUCAGAAGAACAUAGCAGAAAAUAUGCAAGUAAACAAACCAUUGCAAUUGUGUUACCUUUUAUUAGAUCCUGUAAUAGAGUUUCCAGAUCCUGAGUGGGAUCCAAAGGUCACUCUCUGCUAGCAGAAUUCCUGCACAAGGCUGUGGAGAGACUGACCAGAUGUUACAUUGAGAAGCCAAGUUUCAAGUGGGAGAUAACUUUUCUUUAUAGGUGUGUGGGUGGGUGUGAAAGAGAGAGGGGGGGAAGCCUUAGCUACCUCCCCAGCCUGUGCUGGUAAGCAAGGACGAUAUCAUUGCUUAUCCAUUGUUUAGUAUUAAAGAAGGUUGACAAAAAUCAUAAAUAAGUUACUCUUUUGCCAUUUGAGAGUUUGCUUCACGAGCCUGUUGCUGUUCUGACAUAUCUCAGCAAGGUCAGCAAGUGGGUUGCAUAUCUCCCUAGGCAUUUUAUCUCACUUCAGAAAGGACACAGACCAUAAAUCAUCCUGAAAACCUUGCCUUCUCAUUUUUCCCUUUAGGGUGCUUUUCUGCCAACUGCCCUGACAUUUGUAUAAUAACCAAGCAUUUAUUUAUUUUUUGGAAGUGAUCCCUGGAGUGUUAGUCUUCCUUCAACUCAGGGUCAUGGCAGAAAAAAAAGGCAAAGGAAAGAGAAAGUACUGGUUUUAUUUAUUUAUUUAUAUUUUUGCAUAUGCAGAUGUGGUUCAGACAGUGAACGGUUAUGCAGGGGACAUAAAUAUUCUACCAAGAGUGAGGUCAAUAGGAGAUGAAUCUGCUCAAACUCCUUCAAUUAAGUUGUCGCUGUGGCUCAAGUGGUUAUUUUUUGCAGGAUAUAUUUUCAUAACUCUAAAAUUAUAGUUAUCUAAAUAAGCUAACAGCAGAAUGAACUGUCCACUCCAGUGCAAAGCGUAAUGUAGGUUUUUGCUUCAGAAGCAGAGACUCUGCUUCAUACUUUAUUUUUUCCAGUGUGCACGUUCUAGUUCAAAGUAAAGAGCCAAGAAUGAUAUUCAUCACAUAGACAUUAUUUUGUUCCUUCUCUUUCAUUAACAGAAACCCUCAGAGACAGGAAAGGAGAGAAGUUUUACCCACAAUCCAUCUUCUCAUUGAACUGAUAAUUCCUCCUUACAACACCGAAGCUGGUGGGUUCGCGACACUUUCUCCAAACCACCUGGCCUCCUUCUCCCUCGUCACUUUCUCAUCUUGCCGUGAUGACAUUAUCUGUUCUACUGCCCAGUCAAAAAAAUAAACCCAAAAUGAGACAGAAUGGAGAACAACAGAGGAGCGAAACUGCAUCACAGCACUGCUAUACCUUCAAACACAUUAUCUCUGGCCUCUUCUUAAAGGACAAGUGAAGGAGUGGUGCAACGGGAGCAUCUCUCUCUCUCUCUCUCUCUCUCUCUCACACACACACACACACACACACACACACAGCCCAUUCUGGCCCUUAGAGUGAGUAGGCUGCUGUUUCCUCUGCAGUAAGUCAGUGACAGGGGAUGUGUGGCCCUCCAGAUGUUGAUCGACUACAACUCAUCCCAGACUGCUGGCCGCCAUGCUGGCUGGGGCUGAUGGGAGUUGGAGUCCAAAUAAUCUGGUGAGCCAUCAAUUCCCCAUACCUACAGUAAAUUAAUGUGGAAGGCAACAGGGGGCACUGCUGAAUAUCAGUCUUUUCCUAGAAUGUAGUAUUUUCUCCAUAAACCAGCUAACGACAAGUUUGCAAAAUAAAGUGUGAACAUCAGCACCCAUGGUCUUCCACAGCAGAUAGAUGAAAACAUCCAUGCAUUUUAUCACCACUGCCAGUUGAUAUGUACAUUUGCAUCACAAAAAUUUAAGAAGCAUACAAAAGAGAAAGAAAAAAGGGAAGGUUCAAGAAUUCACAAAAGUUCAUUAUUUUAAUGCAAAUAUGUUCAUUAUUUUAUUAUAUUUAAGAGUGGCCAUUUUGUAUAAUCUUGUUCAAAAAGGAAAUAUGAAUACAAUUAUUCUGGGUAACCUCAGAACCGGACAUCAUUAAAAGGUCACCAUUCCACCUCAUUGCUAAAGUAUUGACAUGUUUAAUGACAAAAUGCCCCCAAUUUUUAUUGCUUGAGCUGUCUCAUACUGAAAUGUAGGAAAAUAUUCUGUGGCCUGCUGCCCAAGUCCUUCAUGCAACAAAAAGAAUUAAAAUAAAAAUUAGAUGUAAUGAAGUCUUGUGAAUGAACUUUGAGGUUGUAUAUUAAAUUUUAAUUACUUUUUUCCUGAAAUGUAGCCAAAUAAUUCAGAAUUAAUGUUGCAGUGAGGUAUCACUUACCUUAACCUCACCCAAGGGGGCAAUUGGAAUAUGUAUGAAAUGUUACCAACAUGGUUAACGUACACCUUUUGUCAUCUUGAUUAUUUCUUUGUAUUUUCAUAGACAGAUGUUCUCUGUAUCUUGAGAGGUAACAUUUUUGUAAAAUAAGAAUAAUCAUUUUUGCAAUUAUCAUACAUCAGCCAAAUUAACAGUGAAAUCUUAUGCAUGUCUACCUAGAAGUAAUUUCCAUUGUGGUCAGUGAAAUCCCAGACUGUGAUGAGACUGAACCAACUUUUCUUUUAAAUACAUACUUUUGUAUAAAAGCUUUUAAAACUUUAUAUCAGUAUUAAAGAGCUAAUUGUGUACUCUUUGCUUCCACACCUAUGGCAUAAUAAAGUAACUGGAAUGGAGCCCCUAAAAUAUUCAAAAGUGAUUUGUAAGUGGGCAGGAAGUGUUAGUUUUCCUGAGGAUAUAUUAGACUUUUGUGAAGCUGCAAAUACAUGAAAAUAAAUAUUUUGGUAGCCAUAUUAGUAGUUCCUUUAUAUGUUUGUGUUAUUUUGUUCACUCUGUCUUGUAAACCUGCUGUGCAGUUAGGCUGAAAAAUGUGCAUCUACUAAUUUAUAACAUCUGUCAAGAUAUUGUGUUUCUUCUUUUUUUUCUUUCCUUCUCAACUAAGUGUUUGUUCUAAAGGUGCCUUUCCACUCCUGGAAAGAGUCUUCCAUUCACAAAAAGGCAGGUUUCAGAUCCAAAGCCCUGCCAAGCUCUCAAUGGACUUGAUCCUCAGACCCUUCCACUACAACAGCUUGUGGCAGGCAUAGCAAAAAAGAAAGAAGAAUCGGCCACAUCUUCCAGCC